CACGAUUUCCGGCAUCUGCGCAGAUGUGAUCUCCAGUCCCGCGGAAGUGAGUGCACCGGUUUAGCACAGCGUGUGGAGACUCACCAAGCGGGCGGCUUGGUUUGGGGGUGGCUCAUGGACUGGUAAAACGACCCCCAUGGGCUGCUUGUGGCCCAUGGGCCUUAGGUUGCCUACCCCUGUUUUAGAGAGUUGCCACUGUAGUCAGGAAGGGCCCACCAGAAGUCACUUUGCCCAGAACACUUUCAGACUUGAGGGACACCUCUGGAUAGGAGCUGUGUGGUUCAGCGGUCUGAUCUCUGGUGAAUAUUUUGACUGCUGCACUUUGGAAAAGUCCAAUGGCAGGUUUCUGGACAAGGCUACAGCUUGAGAAGGAGGCAAAGGUGGUGGAAAGUGCUUCUGGUCCGUUCUAUCACCAGUGAAACAGCUGGGUCUGGGAGCACCUACAGGCUAUGCCUAGACCCCCAACCAGCAUUAUUAUUAUUAUUAUUAUUAUUAUUAUUAUUAUUAGCGGGUGGUGCUGUGGUCGAAACCAGUGAGCCUCUUGGGCUUGCCAGUCGGAAGGUCGGUGGUUCAAAUCCCCACAACAGGGUGAGCUCCCAUUUCUCUGUCCCAACUCCUGCCAACCUAGCAGUUCGAAAGCACACCAGUGCAAGUAGAUAAAUAAGGUACUACUGCAGUGGGAAGGUAUAUGGCAUCUUCAUGCUCUGGCUUUCAUUGUUCCGUUGCGCCAGAAGUGGUUUAGUCAUGCUGGCCACAUGACCCAGAAAGCUGUCUGUGGACACCAGCUCCCUCGGCCUGAAAUCAAGAUGAGCGCCGCAACCCCAUAGUCGCCUUUGACUGGACUUAACCGUCCAGGGGUCUUUUACCUUACUAUUAUUAUUAUUAUUAGGGCUAUUUUUAUAGAAAUAUAGGUGCCAUAACUCACAAUGAACUCCUGCCUUGUUCUCUUGUAAUGGCAAUGGCGCCUGAGAGGUGCUGGAACUGUGUUCCUGUGAGUUCUGGCUGAAAAAAGCCCCGAUUACUAUUUUAAUCAAUCAAUCAAUCAAUCAAUACACCCAUCUUCUCUGCAUUAGUUUAUUCUGUUUGCCCAACUCUCUCAUUCACACACACACAAACACCAAACACUGAUUUAGGAAUUCCAUCACCUUCUUGGGAAAUGAGAGCAAGGGGGCCUGAUUGUUUGGGUGACAAUACACCCAGUAGCAGGAGGGAGCAAAAAGAUUUUAGUGGAGGCAGUUCCCCGCCCCCCCAUGCUUGUGGCACAAGAACCUGAAAUGACUAAAGAUGCACAGAGCUGGGUUUAUUGGUCCACUGUGCUUUGAGUCCAUAGAUUCUUCCUUAGAGACUACUGAUCUUUCUCCCUGUCUCCCACCCACCCACCCAUCUAAAGCAGCAAAACCACCCCAACUUUUGAUAUGGUGUGUAAGAUAUUUUUGAUCAUUUUUUUUCAAAGCAACAAAUCAGUUGCCCCCAAGGGAGAACCAACAGAUUCUAACUGCAUUGGGCCAAUAAAUUAUCCUCAGUGCACCUUUGAGGUCUGUUCGCUGCAUUUCUCCAUUUGAUGUGCUUCUGUAUUUCCUCCUUUGGGGUUUGAGGCGUAAGUGCAAUGGCUAGACUUAGAGCAUGAGGCUUGGAUAGUGGAAAUACAAGGUUAAAAAACUGUUCAACUCUGAAAUACAAUAGUAUGGUUCAGUCAUUUUUUGGCUUAACAACCUGAGAUAUGAAAAAGCCUUCUGCCUGCACAGGUAGCCUCUCCAUUUUUUCAUUUGCAGGAGUGACAGAUGUACUAGGAAACCUCUAAUUAACCAUUGCCGAAUUCGCAGAAUAUAAGGGAAAACCCAGGUGUAUGGCAAUGUGAUGGGGAAAGCAGCGGAAAGAGCUUAAAAUCACUAUUUGGGGGGGGGACUUUCAAUUUUGGGGUCUUCCUUAAAAAAGCUCAACAACUUUGUGGGUGUCAGGAAUUUUACUUUUUGAGGGGGGCUGGACUAGAUAACCCUUGGAGUCCCUUCCAACUCUACAGUUCUAUGAAUAUGUAUCAUAGGGCUGCCAUACAUCCAGGAAUUGGACAGGAAAAUGGCGCCUGGGUGGAUUUUUGUCAAAUCAACAUAUGGCAAGGGCGUGUGUGUUUAAAUUUUUUAAAAAUCAUUUUCAAAUUCCCCCAAAACUUAGAUUUUGGGGGGAGAUGUUCCCAAAAAAAGCUUGACGACUUUUGACCCGCUUUGGGGAAUAUGGAAACCUUAAUGUAUUCUUGUUGUGGAACAUUGGCAUUGUGCGGAGAAACAGAGGCCUAGGGCAGGGGUGAUGAGCCUGUGGCUUAAUGGCCACACGUAGCCAUCAGACUGAUCUCACGUGGGUAUCUAGGAGGGGAAGAUGGAGAGAAAGGGAGCAGCAGCAGCGGAGAGGGAGAGGGAGGGAGGGAAAGAAAGAGAUGACAGAAGGAGAGAGAAGGAGGUGGCAGACACUGCUGGCUAUGCACACACCACACAUUCAAGGCACAUUUAAAGCGCAUGACUCCCCCCAAAGGAUCCUGGGAACUCUUGUUUGUUAAGGUUGAUGGGAACUUCAGCUCUGUGGCAGAAAGAGAAUGAGGAAAGGGGGUGCCUUGCUCUCUUUUGGCUUAGGCCCUGUCUAAUUUUUAGCUUCUCGCAGCGCCAUCAAUUACUCCUGAGGUGAUACAUGACAAAAUAAAGGUUGCCCAGAAGUGUGGCCUACAGGGUUCUUUUCACUUCUGGAGGGAAGGCAGCCGGGGGGUGGGGCAUGGGGUGGCGGGUGCAGGAAUAAAUAGCCAUUACUCAUUUCCGUGUGUUAAUUUGUUUAAAUGUAUGCAAACUUUAAAAAAAAAAAAUGCCUCAGGUGAAGACUUUGCUUUAAAUAGAAAAGGCAAGCUUGCCUUAAACAAAUAAAGGAGCAAGGAGAGAAACCAAAAUUAGAUCAUUUUGAAGCUAGCCGCGUGAUUGCUUUUGCCUAGAAGUGAAAUCUAGCCACAAACGCCGCCCAUUGGUCUUCCAGAAAUCCUGUCAGUUCCUCCAGCCUGCUUUGAAUUGCAAAGUGCUUAUGUGAAACAGAGUGGUUAGUGAAAUGUGUAUAUUCCCUUCUGGGCGACAUUUUAUGGGCCACACAGGCCCAGUGAUGGGCGGAGCCAAAGGCUGAAGUGGGCAGGGCAAUUAAAGCCAAUUUUACGUUUUGUACAGAAGGCUGGUUUCUGCAUUUUUACAUUCUACUCCAGCCUACCUUUAUCCGGUUCCACUGCAGGUGUACUUCCAUGACCACUCCCCAUCAGGGAUAUAAAUGCUCUUCUGCUUAUCUGCUCAAGAAAACUGGAGGGGCCAGCCAGGUGGAGACUUCGGUUGCUAAGCUGGCAUCCAGAGAUCUCCAUGUGGUUGCAGUUGGACCCGCGCCAGUCACAAAAUGCGCCUGGCGAAUUUCAAACACUAGUCCCUUCCGGCUCUGUGAUUCACACCACUGAGCUGCAAGCCCUUUCCUCUGCUUAGAUUGCCAGCCAGCAAUUUCAGCAAAUCCAUGGCUCUUAUUGGAACAGGUCAAGGUCUGCCUUCCUACCUUGACUCUGCCCUCUGAUCCAGUGAGGGAAUUGGUAUGUUUGCACCCUUAAAGACACUAAUUAGUGCCUGCGUGAAUAUAUUUAUCCCUUAUCGUCACGAAGAGCGAACUCAAGUGGCGCCGACGAAUGCGAGGUCAAGAAAGGCCACUUAAAAACCAGAGGGAGGCCUUGGUAUGCCCAGGGGAGGCUCAAGAAUGGGCAAUGCAAAGUACACACAAAAUAUAUAUUUUUUAAACUGGCCUAAUGGGGGAAAAUAGCCCUAAAACAACAUAAUUAGGAUUGAGCAGCUCCAUUAUCCGUGGAAUGUUGAGUGCUGGCUUAAAAAGAACGACUGAAAAUGGGGAGACAGAGAGAGAGAUAUGAGGAAUGGCCUGUUUAUACAGUGGUACCUCGGGUUACAUAUGCUUCAGGUUACAUACGCUUCAGGUUACAGACUCCGCUAACCCAGAAAUAGUACCUUGGGUUAAGAACUUUGCUUCAGGAUGAGAACAGAAAUUGCGCUGCGGCAGUGCGUCAGCAGUGGGAGGCCCCAUUAGCUAAAGUGGUGCUUCAGGUUAAGAACAGUUUCAGGUUAAGAACGGACCUCGGAACGAAUUAAGUACGUAACCAGAAGUACCACUGUAGUAUCCUGGAGAUACACAUGAUCCUUCGGGAAGAGCCUUUGCUCAGAGGUAAAGCAUCCACAUUGCAUGUCAAAGUCUCCAUGCUCAACCCGCAGCGUCCUCAGAUACAGAGGGAAUGCCCCCCCAUCUGAAAUCCUGGAGAGCCAUUACCAGUCUGUGUAGCCAAUACUGAGCUAGAAGGAUGAAUAUUCUGGUUCGCUACAAGGCAGCUUUAUACAAACCUGGCUGGCAUCCUGUACCAAGGUCACUCGUUUUUAGGAGGCAAGCAUCCACGAGAACAUUUCAUCGCAGGUCUCGCUGGUUCCUCCUAAUGAGAGCUCGAGAGUCUUGAGUGCCGAACAGCUGGAAGUAAAUUGAGGUAGCUGUAAAAAAACUAAGGCAGUUGGCUUCUAUGUACUUCAGGAAUUCCCUGGGUUUGCAGAAGUAUGGAAGUUUGUACAUGGAAAGAAAGAGACUUUAACAAAAAACAAAAAAUAGAUGCAAACAUCACAUAGAUAAUGGCCUGACAGGUAUCAGUGAGCUUCCAGGCUUACAAGAAUGUUGGUGGUAAUGGAGGAGAUCGGAAGGAAGGAAGGAAGGAAGGAAGAAAGGAUGGAUGGAUAGAAGGAAGGAAGGAGUUUAAAGCAGGGGUCUGCAAAGUUAUUGUGGCUUGGGCCGGUUCAUGGUCCUGCAGACACCACGGUGGGCCGGAGUGUGUGCGUGCGGAUACAUGCGCAAACGCUAUUUCCGGUGCUCCUUCCGGCACGGAGGAGGCGUGCGCAGCUUCCCAUUGGCUGCAGGAAGCCGUCCUGAUGAAAAUCUCUGGCUUACAAGCAAUGUUAGAAAUUAGCCAGGGGCCAGGCGCAGUUUGCAGGGGUCCAAUUGCGACCGUGCGGAGAUCUCUGAAUGCCUCAUUGGCAACUGACAUAUUCCUCUGGCUGGCCUCUCCAGCUUUCUUAAGCAAAUAAGCAGAAGAGCAUUUAUACCCUUUUCUCCAAGGACUACAUGGUUCAGCCCCUUCCUCAGUUAAUCCCUACAAAGUAAAAAAAAGGUAAAGGACUCCUGGAUGGUUAAGUCCAGUCAAAGGCAACUAUGGGGCUGACCCUGUGAUGUAGGUUAAGAGGCCACGAUUGGCCCAAGUUCACCCACUGAGCUUCAUGACUGAGUGGGGAUUCGAACCCUGAUUUCUUAGGUCCUAGUGCGUCACUCUGACGACUACACCACACUGGUUUCCUAGAGUACUUCUGCUAUGGGGCGGCUCUGUAAAUUAAGUAGGUAAAUAGAUAUGGGGAAAGCAAAAUGUCACUUAGAGAAGGAUCUGAAAUAUUUUCCUUGAAGCUUGAAUUUGUUUUAUUCUGUAUUGUUUUAUUUAAUGUGUUUCAAACUGCUUUGAGAUAUUUUUUCCUUAAAAUAUAAUGUGGUAUAGAAAUGAUAAUAAUGAUAAUAAAUAAAAUUUCAUCACCAAAAAUAAAUAAAAAGCACCUAGAUAUUCCGUCGUGGUGGCCUUAACCUAGGUUUAAGGUGCCAUUUGAUGGUUAGCUUAGAUAUCUGUGUUUCUAACACUGUUUAGAAGCUGUUAUCUGCACAGGAGAAAAUGAUACCAUUAGCAGUCCUGCAUCCACACAAGCAAUAUGUGGCAAUCAGUUCGACUGCAAGGCUGUUUUUGGGUUUUUCCCUAUGACCUCCCGCCCACUCAUAACAGCCAGCAUCCUUGUUCUUUCUUUUGUGUUCUUUUUUUAGACUGUAAUCCUCCAUGUGAGGCCUGGCCUUGCUUGUAUUUCUUCCAUACAACGCCUGACAUUCUUAGGCUCUUAACCAGCGCACCGGCAUUUUGUGCCUAUUCAUGCGCAGGACAGGGAGAUUAAAACAGAAGAACUGCCGUUGCAUGCCCGUGCAUGUUAAUAACGUCUUAGAAAAGCACCCUCAACACCCCUGAGAGAUAGCUCAGUUGGUAGAGCAGGAGACUUUUAAUCUCAGGAUUGAGGGUUCGAGCCCCACGCUGGGUGAAAUAUUCCUGCAUUGCAGGGAGUUGGACUAGAUGAUACUCAUGGUUCCCUCCAGCUCUAUGGUUCUAUGAUCUCCCCUCCUCAGCCCCCCAAAAGUUAUUUAAAAAACCAAUCAUGUUUAGGGAAAUUUUUAAUAUUUAAUGCUGUAUUGUUUUUAACAUUCGAUUGGGAGCCGCCCAGAGUGGCUGGGGAAACUCAGCCAGAUGGGCGGGGUAUAAAUUAUUAUUAUUAUUAUUAUUAUUAUUAUUAUUAUUAUUAUUAUCCCUGGGUUAGUAGACACAGAGUAUAAUGGAGUAUAUAUGGAGCUGUGUUGGGAAAAUGGCCACUCCAAAUUCUCUACCUCAUUUGUGUGCAGCAAGAAGGGGUACCACCAGAUCGCCCAGUAUUGUGUGGGAGGGAUUCAAGUGCAUACCAGGAACUUUGGGUUUGUGCAAUUAGUUGUACCUUGUUUUGCGGCCAGGAUCCGUUCCGGAGCCCCGGCCGCUAGCCGAAAAGGACGCAGGGCAAAGUGCCGCGUCUGCGCACACAUACGGAGCUGUUUGCGCUUCUGCGCAAGCGCGAUUUAGCACUUCCGCGCAUGCGCGAGCAGCAAACCCAGAAGUAACCCGUUUGCUGGAAUGGACGCUAGAUAAGGUGAACGUUCGUGGAGGUAUUAAUGUAAAGGGGUUCAAAGCACUGCUACAACAUACCUUCCAACAUGCUCCAGGAAAAAAAUGGGAUGCGUGUCUUUCGGGGCCGCACUCCCAUGCGGGCCAUGUGACUCACACGAGAGCACGGCACCCAAAAUGCACGUCUUUCGGGGCCACCAUCUCAUGGGAGUCAGAUGACUCACACGAGAGCACGCCCCCCCUUAAAAAAACAGGAUGUCCCACUUAAAUCGGGACAGUUGGGGAGUAUGCAACAAAUGCACUUGAAAGAAAAGGCAGACUUUUUGCAGUUUGUAAAGUGACAGGGAAACGUGUGGAAUGAAUGAAGAACUGACAGAAAGACAUAUAAACGCCCCCACAAGCAAACUGGGAGGGAGGGAGGAUGAAUGCUCGUUGUCGUAUAACCUCUCUACAAGCAAAUCAGGACAAAAGUUCAGUAAAGAUGCCAUCUGCAGGGGCCCAAAUUGUGGGGAACAUUCUACCAAAUAUCCCUUAUGGGGAGGACAAAUUCUCUAGCAGUGUCUGGAGCAGGAGCUCAUACAUCUCCCAGCAACCCAUCUGGUCCAGCAUCUUGUUCUUACAACGGCCAUCCAGAUGCCUAUGCAAAGCAGGAACUGAGCUUCACAGCACUCUCCUCUUACUGCCUCAAACAGGGGAGGUGGCUGCUGUGUUGGCAGCCUGGAAUAUCCAGACCUUGAGUUGUUAGGAGACAUUUUGGGGUGGGGACAGCAACCAUCAAAAAAGCGUGGGGCAGACAACAUUCUGCGAAAUAGCCCCCUUUCCCUGGGGGUGGAAGAGGAGGAUAUACUGAUAAAUGGCUUCGGAGAAAAAUACCUUCCAGCAGAGCUCUGAGCAAGCUCGGCUUCUUAGAAAACAGAAUUCUGCAGCCAGUGGCACUCUAAUUUCUCUCUGUUCCUGCAUAAUCACAGUCUCAUGCUCUGAGCAUGAUGACAGACCCUCCAAGUGUCCCUAACGUCUAGGAACAGUCCCGGAUUUACAGAAGCCGUCUAGGUUUUUGAUUUGAUCCCGGAAUGUCCUGCUUUUCCUUAGGAUGUCCCUAUUUUCAUCAGAGAAAUGUUGCAGGGUAUGGAGUUAUGCAACCCCCGAGCCAAGGAGAUAAAUAAUUAUACAACCUUUAGAAGACAUCUGAAGGCAGUCCUGUAUGGGGAAGUUUUUAAAAAAUGUUUAAUGCUUUAUUAUGUUUUUAUAUAUAUGUUGGAAGCUGCUCAGAAUGGCUGGGGCCACCCAGUUAGAUGGGCAGGAUAUAAAUAAUAAAAUUAUUAUCAUUAUUAUUAUUAUUGAAUAGGAUGCCCCUAGCUUCAUGGGAGAAAUGUUGGAGGGUAUGCAAUGGUCUCUCUUUUCCAAGAGACUCGACACUUCUGUGUUGUCUGCCUGCCUGCCUGUCUUUACGUGUAGUCUCACACAUAACAGUGACACGUUACAGUAAUGGUAACACUUGAGGUGUUACACAAGUGUUAUAUAUGCACACAUUUUACUACCCUUGCGCUAAUACCAUUUAACACCAUCGUUAUUAACUUCCAUCUGGAGUAUUUACAGUAUCAAACAUCUCGCGAAAUGUCCUGUUUUACACAAGAGACUUGGGGUGCCCCGGACUUGCACAAUUGAACCAGAUCUGUGUUGAGUCCAUGUCUACAUUUACAGCAUUUUAGCAAAUCUGGUUUCAACCUGCUUUACAAAAGAGAGAGAGAGAAGAGGAUACUCCCAAGUAUUUUAAAUAAGGUCUAUCCCGGGCCUGUCAUGUGCUGGGUCAGAUCCGCACCCUUAUGCCACUUUAACAGUCAUGAGGGAUCCUGAGAACUGUGCUGGGAAUUAUAGCACUGUGAGGUUAGUGCCUUUAAUGAGCCACAGUUCCCAGGUGAAAGCCAUGAUGCUAUUUUGUCGUUUCAGUUUUUGCCUGCUAAAGUGGUGCUUUUUCCAUUUUCAAUGCCUGCUUUGAACAGAUUUUUGCGGGACGUACUGAGCCAUGAAAGAGAGCAUGAACCAUUUCCGAGGUGGACUCUGAGCUCCUACUGAAAAAGCCAGCUUGUAUUAACUUCAAAGUGGGCCAGAUGUUUGUGUGAAUUGCCCUCUGAUCUCAUUGACUUGGCUUCCUGGGGAUUUUCUUCUUCUUCUGGCAUUCUUGAUGUUUCCAAGGACCUAUCUUUAGUUAUGGCAUUAUCCGAUGAUUCUGAGGAAGAGGGAGAAAUUCUAUGAGAACUUUGUGGUAAUACAGAUGGAUGGAUCAGUCUUUUUCCAUUUUACGUAGGUUUUGUGUGCAUUCAAUCACAAUUCUUCUCUAUUUCAUUUUUUUUUUUAUUUUUAAAAUAAAAGUGCAUUUAAAAAUUGUAUACAAUUUCUGCUGAAAUACACAUUUCGUGUGGUUUUCUACACUUUCCCCCAGAAUAUGCAUUUUUACAUGGAUUUGCAUGCACAUUUAUGUGCAUAUAUUUGAGCUGAAACAAACUGUUACCUAGCACUCUCCCAUCACCACCUCCAAUAAGACAAAUCCCAAUCUGGAACCAGUGCAGAGAAGACUUCAUUAGACUUGGUCGGUAUGGGGCUGGUUGCCUUUGUGUUGAGUGCGGGGUCAAGCAGUGGUCAGCCAAGCUCUUCACUGUGGCAUCAGGCCUGCAUCAGGCGGAAAGGUUAGCAGGUCUGAACAAAAGAACCUUACUUUGCAAAAAUUUGGAGAAGUGUACAGUCAAUUUGAUACCUGAAUUCCCACCCGUGUAGGUUGGUUGGUUUGCUUUAAAAUGCUGACUAGGCAAAAAAACCUCCUCCGCCACUUUAGAGUUGGACCUUGAGUAUGUUACCAAACAAGGGAUAUCUCUCUCUCUAGUUGCAACUGAUGCCAGAAUUAGUUUCAUUUCCACAGAGAAGAUAUGGGGAGCUACAUCAUACCAGGACAGACCACUGGCCCAUGGAACCUGCUAUUGUCUACACUGGCAGUAGAUCUUAAGCGGAGAACCUUUUACAUCAGUUACUACCCACGAUCCCGGUGGCAGAAAGGGCAGGGAUCCCUGCGUGAGGGAGCCUGGCUCAUGCCCCCUCCAUAUCAUGCGCCCAGGGCUAUUGCACCCCUGGCCCUCCCCACACUACACCCCUGCUCCUCCUGCCCCACCGCCCACAGUAUCUGCCUGGCUGCGAUAAUAUCUAGCAAAUGAAAUUGGAGGUGUCAGGGGGUUCAGAGCAAAUGGUGUCCUUUAGGGCUAAUUAUAGGCCCUUUUGGCAGGUGCCGAAAGUGGGGCAGGCGUCCCAGGGCUGUUCUGCUUUCUGGGACGUCGUGUGCUGCUUGCACACAGAUUGCUUGGGCCCUGGGGCCGACUGGAAACUGGGACACGGAGCAUGAAAAGUCAGUGAAGGAGACUGGGGUGGAGGUGGUUGGGGCGGAAGGGAACAUUUGGCCAGCAUGCAGAGCAAAGACCUGAAGCGAGGGAUCUCCGCCUUGCACGUCUUGUGGAGGAAAUACAGAAACAGGGAACUGGGAAAGUAGGGGGGUGGGGGACAAGAUCCGACAGACAUGCAGAAAUUAAAAGGGCAAAGUGGGCGGGAGGAAUGAGAGAAUGGAAGCACUGGGCGAGCGAAGAGGGAGAAUGUGCAUGUUAUUCAGGGCAUUUCCAGGCAUUUGCCAUUUGGGGGAGGGAUUCCCAAAAGAUUGGAUUUUUCGUGAUAAAGGAAGCAGCGGGAGAAUGCCUCAGAAAGUGCGUCACCGCACUUGCUUUGAUGACCCAUCACCUAACCUCCCGCAGAUAAAUCGGAAUGAAGGCAUAUUAAGCAGCCAACGUUGUCUAAGCUCCCUGAAAAGAAAUCAGAAUGGAUGCUCAAUAAGCAGCUCAUCUGGAAGCAUCAUGCAGGCAUGUAUGCAUGCAAAUCAUUCCGAUCGUGUGCCACUAAGGACCCAUUUGGGAGCAUGUUAAAAUAAGUGUUUUGCCUGUUCAAAGCAUCACGCACCAUGACCCAGUGGCGCUAAACCAAACCGUGCCUAAGUGUGACUCCACAUCAUAGCUGUCAAGUGUCCCUUAUUUGAAGGGACAGUCCCUUAUUCCAGCGCCAUGUCCCGCUUCUGUCCCUUAUUGAUGGAUGUCCCUUAAAUGUCCCUUAAAUGAUGUCCCUUAAUUUUCAAAGGAAGCAGCUCCUCUCCCUCCCUCCCUGCCGGCCAGGGAGGAGGGAGGCUCCAACUGUGUUGCUUGGCUGUGUUGCUCACCCAAUAAGAAGUCUAAGAACGACUGGGGGGUGCAGCUUGCAUGCCUUGUGUGUGGCUAGUUAAUGCAAGCUGAGGAGGUUUUUGAAUGCUGGAUGCCAUUUUGUUGCACAUGCUGCUGCAAACUUUGCAGUGCAAAGCCAGGCCGGGGAGCCAUCUUAAGUUGAGGCUGCAUAGGCCUUGUGGUGCAUGUGAUUCAGAUUCUAUUCAGUUGAACCUCUGGUUACAAAGUUGGUUGGACAGUGUUCUCAAAGCUACCCAGCAUGAGUUUGACCAGACUGCAGGAGGACAGGAAGACGAGUGCCUGGAACAGGUGAGGCUGCAGGUCCCUUAUUUUGGCUGCUGGUCCCUUAUUUUCAAGGCUGCUGGUCCCUUAUUUUCAAAUCUGUAAGUUGACAGCUAUGCUCCACAUACCACUAUGCUUCUCUGCUGCUGCUGCUGCUGCUGCUGCUAUGGUACCUGGCAUUACAUAUUAACCUAGGUUCAUGGUUUGCCUCUUCCAUACAAACCACAAGCCUUGGCUACAGCUUAUGGUUGGGAGCAAGACAAACCAUGAGCCUAGCUUCAGAUGUAACACUAACCAUGGUUGGUUUGGAUGUAACAAACCAUGGCUUAGCACAGAUAGCGCAGCAGCAGAACAGGGAGAGGAGGGAAGUGGCUGGGAUUUUUACUGUGAGUACACACACAGUCACACAUUCACGCUUAGCCAUGGUUUAGUUUAGCGUCAUGUGCAAACUGGGCUGUUGCCUCAAUAAUCACGCUCCAGAAGUAGGAGUGGGAAGCAGGUGACUGUGCCUGGAUUGAAAAACGAAGCUCGCAGCGUCUCUGUGUUCCUCCCUAUGCACAAGUUAUUCUCCCCAUCUCUCUCUUCAUAGCUAUGUUCCCCGGGGUUCUUGCCACAUCUGUACUGGAAUGAAUCCUGGUUUCAGUGCAGAUCAAGGCAAGCUGCCUGUCAGCAAGUCUUCCAGGGAUUCAGAGCUAAUAAACCAAAGGCUGAUGUAGGAAACACGACCCCCUACUCCCCCUUAACACCGAUCCCUGGUAGAAUAGUGGGGGGGGGGAAUUGUGUGCCCACCCCCACCCCACCCCAUUUGGGGCUUACUGACUGCAGCCUCCCCCUCCACUCCUCUUGCUCAGUACUAGUGUAUGGAGUUGUAUUAAACACGGAGAAGGAGCAGCAACUGAGGAAACCGGGGAAGAAACAUAAUUGGACCUCCUGUGUGGCACAAGCUGUGGGGUGGGUGGUGAAAUUAGAUUCCAGCUAGGGUUGCCAACUGUCCUGUAUAAUACAGGAUUGUCCUGUAUUCCAGUGUAAAGUGCUACAUCCUGUAUUGAUAAGGUUUUGUCCUAUAUUUCUCUCUCUGUGCCAGGUUAGGGAUCCUCUCCCAAUGCAUGUUUUUGAAAAGGGUUGUGAAAGGUCAUUUAUUUAAGUGCUGGGUAGCCAAGCACAGACAGUGUGUGUGUGUGUGUGUGUGUGUGAGAGAGAGAGAGAGAGAGAGAGAGAGAGAGAGGGGGAGGGAGAGAGAGGGAGAGAGAGAGAGAGAGAGAAAUUCCAGAGGGGCCACCCUGUGAGGCUCCAAUAGAUUGUAGUGGAUUACUUUGAACUCACUUCAUCACCAGGUGAAACAAUAGAACAAAGAUUCUGGACUAGAUUCCACUCUAGUCGUAGUACUGUAUGUCUGCAUGUUUUUGUCUGCACGCCUUAGCAUGUCUUUGUUUUGUGUCGGUAUAGCAGAGAAAGCAAGAGAAGGGAGGCCUCAUUUUUGCUUCACUUGCCUGUCAGCCUUGGUUUGUGUGUGAGAGUGUGUGUGUGUGCACAUUUGGGUCUGUGCCCGCUUGCUCAGAAUGCAUUAUUCAAAGACCAUAUUUCUGUAUCUGAAUACGUGUGUGUUAAGAGAUCACAUCUUAGCAGAGCAGUGCUGUAGAGGCCAUCCCUGUCCCUUUACCACUACGGAUGUAAAAAGAGAUCUGUUGGAUCAGGCCUGUGGUCCAUCUUACCAGCAUCCUGUUACAACCAUGGCCAAACCAGAUGCCCAUGGGGAGCCCAGAAGGAAGGCAAGCGGCUACACAUCUCUUACAAUGCUCCUCCACAGAGGUAACCUUUAAUCUCUUUCUCUUUCCCCAUCCCUGCAGUGCAGCCAGUGAUGGUGCCCAGCGCCCCCGACGAUGCCCCAGAGCCCCGAAUCAAGUGCGGAGGAGGAGGAGCACCUCUCCCAGUGCCCCGAGGGGGAGUCGGGCUCGGAGACCUCCCGCGAGGGGCCCAGCCCGCCGGCCAGCCCCGCUAACCCUGACCACAGUCGCUCCAUGUCGGUACCCGAGGACGCACACUUCAGUAUGAUGGUCUUCCGAAUUGGCAUUCCUGACCUGCACCAGACGGUGAGGAACCAAAGAGGGGACGGAGUGCGGGAGAGGCAUGGAAGCUCACCUGUGCCCAGGUGCAUGCUGAGGUGUAGCGGGAGGCAAGUGUGGAGGAUAUUUUGUGUGUUUUUAAAGAAUCUAGCCAAGCUCUAUAUUGAGCAUUGGGGAGAAAUUCCAACCCACUGAAGACAAGAGCGACAGGCGAUGUCAAGUUACCGGUUUCAAAAUUAAUUUUUGCCGUCUCUAUCCCACCAUCCCUAGCUGACACGCUUCUGUGUUUUGUGUCGUAAUUCUAGCCAUCUAGAUGGUUACGAUGAACCUAGGAAUCGGCCUUAAACUGGGUCAGACGGUCUAUCAUGCUCAGUAUUGUCUACACUGACUCACAGUAGCUCUCUGCAGUUUCGUAAGGGACUCCCAUCUUUCUCAGCCCUACCUGCAGAUGCCCAGAAUUGGACCUGGAACCUUCUGCAUGAAAUUUGUGGUGCUCCGCUACUCAGCUAUGGCCCUUUCAUAGCAAUAGUAAUAGUGCCAUCUAUAGGUGCUGAACCAAGUUUGAGGGCUGGUCUCUGCCCUGAGGGGUUACAAGAAGGAAAAUGGAAGCAGAUUGUGCAGGGUUGGCGCAAUCAGGUAGUCCCUGCUCCUCCUCUUCACAGCUGCAGUCCGCUUGCUUGUUCAGCUACCUCUUGCUCUGGCUGCCCAGAUAAGAGUGGUAUAUGUCACUAUCUGUUUGCUCCUUGGCUCUCUGCCUGGCAGGCAUGCAGGUGGCAGCAGAGAUGAGGAAGAGAAGGGGGAGCAGUUUGUGAUAAUGGCAGCAUGGAGUUAGACUCACUGGGAGGGAACGGGGCAGAAGGUCUUGCACAAGGCUCUCCAAAACCUGGAGCCAACACUGAGAAUAUGUUGUCUUUUCAGUUACGUGUACUUAGGGUUAGGUAUCGAAGCGCAAGGAUGAGACAAUUGGGUCAUCCCAAUAUGUUUUAAAGUGGCGUCCCAGAUGUUGUUGAACAUCAGCACCCAAUGGGAUGUUCAGGAGUUGUACUACAGCAAUAUCCAGAAGGCCACAGGUUCUCCACAUCUGUUGUAGAGUAUGGUGACGAGGCAGUUGGAGAGGAUUUUACCAAAUCGUUUCAGUAAUCGGGUAGAUUUCCUCUGAUACAGGGCUCUUGUUUGCUCCUUUCCCCUGUGCCUCAGAUGGACAUGAUAUAAUCUGCGUAGCGUGGGUUGCUCAAGGAGGGAACCGGUUAAAUGGGCAGAGAGUUUUGUGGACAGGGAUGUGUGUUCCUUGAUUCUGCAAUGCUGCCCAGGAAGGUCUGUGGCUGAUGGACAAAUAAAAGUGGGGCUUCCCUUCUUGGCUGGGCUCCACACACCCCACCACCACCACCACCCCAGUCCCUAGAGGGGUAAUUAAUGCAGAACUGGAUUCAUCCUUAGCUCAGCACUAAAGGGAACUUAUUCCUUCCUCACUUCAUUAGCAAUAAAACCAGGACACUCAGCAACACACACACACAUACAGACAUUGCCACCAGCACCAGUCCUUUUAUCCAGCAACCCUUUGAUUUGGAGAGCCAUCUGCAGACCUAGGCGAAGUGUGCUCCCUGCCCCCCCUUUCCAUUUCUCCCCGCCUGCCAUUAGGGUCCUUGCAUGGCUGCACAACCACUCCCUGGGCACCCCAGAAGUCUCGCUGCCUGUGUACAUGCCUUCUUCAUCUCACUCGGCGAUGAUUCCAUUUGUAUCACACCUUUCCUCCAAGGAGGUCAAAAUGGCGCGCAUGAUUCUCUCCCCCUGUUUAUCUUCACAACAACCCCUAUGACUGAUGUAUGAUUAGGCUGGGAGACAGUGUGCUUAAUGGCUGAGUGGGAUUUGAACGCUGGUCCAGCUGUCCACUAUACCACAUUGGCAGAGCACACAGAUGCGAGCCUCUCUAACACACCCACCCACCCACCCCAAAAUCACCCCACAUAUCAGGGGUUAUUAGCUUUUUAAAUUUGUUUUUCUUGCCCCACCCUAUUCCAGGGGUUUGUGAGUGAGCCGUAGUAUUCUUAAACCCAGAAAGUCCACAGUGUAUGACUUCCGUAUCACCUUGAAAAAAUGUGUCUGUGGACCUGGCCCUUGCUUUUAAGAUGAGGUGGUCAAGGACGUCCUGAGUGUUGCUUACUUUUCUGGUGUAUUUUCUACAUCUGCUUAUUUAACGGGCUAGUCAUGAGGUCAAAAAUUAUACUGUUCAUCAUUGUGGAAAAUGAGUUCCUCACAAUGGAUACGAAAAGAAAGAAACCUUAAGCGGCUUGGCAAUUGAGCAAAGGAAAAAUGAAAGGACACGAAUCGGCUUUUGACAACAGCCGCCAUUGUAUAUGCCAGGUCAUCCUUGUGGAAGGGGUCAACAUCCCUGGCCAUUCUUUGUGGGAGCUGUACCCCUCUCCCCCCCCCCCCCGUCCUCACAGCCCCCACUAUUUCUGGGGUCCAUGUUUAUGGGGCUCAAUCCCAGAACACAUUUUAAAAAACUGAAAAAGGCAAGAGAACUUUUGAGUAUAUGUGGAACAUCUUUGUCAUAAGGCGGUAAACCCACAACCUCACAACCCCACAGUUCUGGGUCUGAGGUUGUGUCUUCCUGUACAUCUCUUUUGAGAAGUUAACCACUUCUCAAGAGUAACAUCCACCCUGGAAGUAUAAUCUUGCUUCUGCUACUGCUGCUGCUAGGCCCAGUGUCAGCACACAGCAGCCUUUGGAAGUUGUCAGGGCACACCACGGCCUCACCCCCGGCUUUUAAAAAGCAACUGGGUGUAGGAGCCACCAUUUUGAUUUCCCUCAGCAUCUCCAACAUAGCAUUGUUCUGGGGCAUUGUGAGAGAGCAGCCAUCCACAGCUACCUCUGCCGCUGUUACCAGGUGGAAGGAGGGGGCACAUCAGAAGGCAUUCUGCCAAGGGCCUGGUGAAACCUGGAACCAGCCUUGCUGCUGCUGCUACUAAAGGGUAAAUUUUGCCAAACAGAAGAAGAUGCACUUCUUGCAACAAAUUUGCAUUUGCUAAUUUGCAUGCAUACAUGCACAUUUAGAAAUAAUCACUAUACUUUAAAUAGCAAUGUAAUGUUUUUCAUUCCAGCAGAGGAGAGACUAUGAGCAGGUGACCCAUGAAUGGCUGCUUAAUCCACUAUGUAGCUGGUCGCUGUGGUGGAUAUGCAACUUCAUUCCCCGCCCCCUGGUCCCCCUCUUUAAGGUUUUUUGUCCUUAAACCAGGCUUGGACUAGCUAUUCUUUAAAAAAAAAAAAAAAAAGGUCUGUCAAAAAAACCACCUCCCUCAGCAAAGUAGGACUUAUGGCCAUACUUCUACAAUAAGAACAAUGGGCUGUAUCCAACUAAGUUUUCCUCUGAGUAGUUCCAUUGAAAUGAGUGAACUUAAGCUAAUGAUGUCCAGUGGUAGGACUAGUGCUGGAUACGGCCCAAUAAUUUAUAAAUCACCUCAAAUAUCUAUGUGACUACAACGCCCAUCACCCCUGGCCAAUGAUUCUGCCAGCUAGGGAUGACUGGAGUUGUAGUCCGCUGGGGACUCAAGUUUGAGAAACACUGUUCUAGAAGAAUACAUGUCUGUUCUAGAUGGUGUUCAGAGUUGGCCCAAGUAUUGUACAGAUGAAAUGCCAGGGACGCCCCCUGUAGCCCCUUAUUCCCCUCACAGUCACAAUUCCCAGAGCGGUUUAACAGUCAGUCCCUCUUCCCAGGGAGCUCUGGGAAUUUGUAGUUCUGUGAGGGGAAUAGGGGUCUGUUAGCAUCUCUUAGCACCCUUCAUGAACUACAGUUCCCAGAAUUCUUUGGGGAAAGCCAUCUCUGUCAAAAGCGGCAUGAAAGUACUUUAAAUAAAUAGGGCAGAUGGAAACUUAAUAAGAGCUGGCUAAAAUAACCUUUAGUCUCUUUCACUUAGCCAUUGCUUUUUGAGUCCUCUAUUCCUGCAUCUUCAUAUCCACACACACACCAUAUAUGUAUAACACCACUUCCCCUCUGUGUACACAGUGUUUUGGGAGGUUGGGGUUUAAAAUGUGAAUAUUACAUUAAGCUACCCAAAGGCCAUUGUUUGUUGGUCUCUACACUAUUUUGGAGAAGGCCCCCUUUCUUUUUUCUCAGUCCCCACAAUAAAAACAGCAACACCCAAAGCCAUAACAUUUUACUGAUUCUUUAAAGCUGUUCUCCCCCUUCAUCUUGGGUCCCAUUUCUAUUCACAGGGGCAACCAUGGAAACGGUUGCUAGAGAUCACAAAUUGUUGUGACCAUGGAAACAGGGAUGGAACUGCCACCAUGUGUCUGGCUGGUUGUCCCUUCAUGAACCCCUCUCCUCCCCCCACUCCCCAAAUCUGACCCUGGAAGACGGAGGGGUGAGGGAAGGAGGCAGGGACUGCUAGGGUAGUUGGAAAGAGAGAGUAUUGGUGCUAACGUGAGUUGAGAACCCUACAGAGAAACUCCUGGUGCCGUAAAAAGAGCAAAAGACAUCAAUCCCAUUUGAGUCAAAUGCAUACCCUCCAACAUUUCUCCAAUGAAAACAGGGACAUCCUAUCAUACCCUCCAACAUUUCUCCAAUGUGGCAGAGGAGGCCAUGGGGCGCAUGCACCCGGUGACUGGCAGGCGCUGUUGCUGACGGAGCAUGCUUGAGACUCAGGGAACCAUCCCUUUGGACGUGGCCUGCGCCACGCGCGGCUCAAAUGCCCCUGCCGCAAAUGUAAAUCGGAGUAAUCAAGUUGGCAUGUUGCGUUCUCAACCUAGCAAUUUCCUUGAUGGGAAGAGGCGUUGUGUCUUGCCUGCCUGUCAGGAUAGGCAGUGACAGUGCAUCGGGGAUGAAAGAAGAGUACAUGUUGCAUACUCUUGGUGUUGUAUUUUAAAUUGCCAUAGCCCACCUGGGUGAAGGGCAUAAUAAUAAUAAUAAUAAUAAUAAUAAUAAUAAUAAUAAUAUUACAUCCAGAGGCAGUGAGGGGAAGACUUGGGACAACAUAUACUGUCUACCCCUGUGGUGUUGAACCUCUGGCCUGCGCACCUAAUUAGGCCCAACAGGCCUAAUUUGGCCGGCAAGGCCCAGCAUUCGGCCUAUAAGACUGUUUUGGCAAGCCACACCCACCACCCCUACAUCUGACAUUAUAUAUGUAGGGCAUACAUGACGUCAGGUGUGGGUCAGCUAAAGACUUGAUCGGGGUGAAAGCAGGUUUGCAGGCACCUCAUACACAGUGCAUUACAACAGACACUGCCACUGCCACACACACAAACAGAGAGACUGCCUACAGAUAGGCCCUCUGUCACCAUUCUUGUAAUUCAUUUUACGAUGAAAUUCUUGGUAGCUCGAUGUCUGUAUUACUUCUCAGAUUUUGUCUGGAAUUCUCUGUUGAGGAAUCACUCGAAAUUAGGCCUGCCCCAGGCAAUAGCUGCAGGAGGCCUGUAGGGACUUUGUCCCCUCAGGGAGACUGCAGGCCCGUAGCCUGGAUUUCAGCUUUCAAUUAACAGUGCUUUUUGUUUUUCGUUUUUAAAAAGUGCAAUCUCUGUCCCUUUCAUUUGCGGAGAUAAGAUGGAAAAUACGCAGGCUGUAUUCUGCACAACGGUGUGGGAAAACAUAAUUCUAGUGUUCUCCUGGCUGAUGAAUGCAAAGGCAGCUCGGAUGAACAGAAAAGCGUUGAUUUUUAUUAAGAAGGUUUUUUUAAUAAAAAAAUUACAGGGAACAUCAGCAACCAGUUACAGGAUCUGUUCACAACUACAUCCAUACCAUACAUUUAACAAUUAUAGGACUUUAUUGGUAAUGGAAAGUCUUGGGAACUGUAGUUUGUUCAGGGUGCUGACCGUGCAGAGCUACAAUCCCUAGCUUUAAAUAUAUGAUGUGGAUGUGAGACGCAUAAGGUCUGGGAGUGCUGACAGUUAAAUUACCUUUAUAAUAGUUUCUCCCCAACAUGACUUGUGGGACAGGUGGUCAAAGAGCCCCCUCUCUGUGAACUAAAUUAGCUGAGCAAAAGGAAUAUUCUUGUACAAUCUUGUUCUACAAUCAAAAAACUGUAAAUUUAUUAAGCUACCUCUUUUUUAGAUCCUGACUCUUCUGUGCUCAUUCCCCACAUUAUGUAAUCUUACCACUCCCCCCCCCGCCCACCAUCACAAAAUUUAUAGCCCAGGAUGUAGAAAGAUCAGUAUUAAAUCCUUUUUCUUUUCUUUUUAAGCCAGUGUGGCAUCGUGAUUAGAGUGGUCAAGACCCAGGUCCAAAUCCCCUCUCAGCCAUUAAGCUUGAUGACCUUGAUGCCCAAGAAUGACCUUGGACGAGUGAUCACUAGGUCUGUUGGCUUAGCCUACCUCACAGGGUUGUAGCGAGGAUAAAAUGGGGGGCAGAAUCCUGUAAGCUGCCUUGAGUCCCUUGGAAGAAAGAGAGGAUGUGGAUCAAUAAACCAGAUUUAAAAGGGCCGAAACACUGCUUUAGAGCAAACUCAAAACAAGGUGCCACUUUGUGCCAUUUUGAUGCAUUCCUUUUGCUCUCAAUUCCACCCCUCCCUCUCCCACUGGCCCAAAACCAUUUCAGAAAUGCCUACGUUUCAACCCUGAUGCGGCCAUCUGGGUGGCAAAGCAACAGAUCCUCUGCACUCUCAAUGAAAGCCUCAAGGACGUGCUGAACUAUGGGCUUUUCCAGCCAGCCACCAAUGGGCGGGAUGCCAAAUUCCUGGACGAAGAGCGCCUAUUGCGCGAGUACCCACAGAGUUUCGAGAAGGGAGUGCCCUACCUGGAGGUAAGUCUGCUGGUCCUACAGCAUACUGUAGUCAGAAGGGAGGACUGCCAACGGAAAGGGGGCGUUGAGCCUUUGGGAGCCAAUAUAAAAACAAAUAGCCCAGGCUGUGUAAAAGUGUUGCAAAGGAGAUAUCAGUGCUAUCCCCACCCCAAUACACACACGCAUGCUUUUAAAAUGCUUUUAUUUAUAAAAUAUUUUUAUUGUACCUUUCAGCCCCUCAAGGCAGCUUACAAUGACCAGUUGUAUAAAUAAUACAAAGCAGAGUUAAAAAGCAGAGCCAACGAAAGUGCUAAUAUCAGUAAGAUCAGCAGAGGCUCAGACAUGAUUUGGAAGACUCUGCUAGGAAGAUCAUUUCCUCUGGGUGCCCCUUCUCCCACCACAGGACUAGGCAGUAAUCAUAUCAUCAUUCCCACCCUCUAAAGUUUUUCAUCAGUUAUGCACCACUGCUGUUGAGAAGCAGUGAGUAAUUGCCCAGGUACCCGGGUGAGGAGAAGAUCCUAUACCUGGGACUAUUUGGUCCUGGUUAUUAGGCCAUGCAGUUCCAGGUUGCAGCAAACCCUUAUUCACCAGUCAUUGAGCAGCAGGCAGCGGGCAAUAGGGAAAGAGCAUUUUCUAUAAUUGCACACAGUCCCAGCUGUCCUUAGGCCCCAACUGCCUUGAAAUAUUAUGUUUAUUGGGUGUUUAAUUUUCUCUUUGCAUUUUCACAUGAAGCUAAACCAUAAUUUGCUUUAACCAUGGCUUGAGCCACAAGAGUCGUCCCGCAGACAAGAAAAGAAGCCACAGCUUUUUUCUCUAGAACUUGGUUUCUUCUUCAGCUGUUCUUCCCUUUGGCUUCUGUAGCUUGUCAAGCAUCUGGAGUGGAAUGAUCCAACAAACCAAGGUUGUCCAUUUUGAACAUAACACUAAACCGUAGUUAGAACAAGCUACCAUUUCUAAACCAAUAACAAACCAUUGGUUUACAUCAUGAUUUGUUGCUAGAAAGAUAAACCAUGGUUAAUCUACUGAGCUGGGUUCAGGCAUUCUAACAAACCACACUUUGACUCAACAAACCAUAGCUUAGCAUUAUGUGUGAAUCAGGCAUGUCAGUUGCCUUGUAGGCCUGUUGUCAGGCAAAAAGACAAAAUAUGACUAUUUUAAAUAAAAGGGUGAAGCCUUUUACCCAGUUUUUUGAAAGUUGGAUGUCUUUCCCACCAACCUUUAUCAACUUAAAUCUGGAGACAGAUAAUUGUUUUGUUUUAAGAUAGUUGGGAGGUAGAGGGAAGAUAGUGAAAACUGGUAUGCUAGACCCAUUGCAACAUAUAAUAGAAACAGUCAUUUUUAUUUAUUUUAUUUUAGUCCCUCGGUAAUCUUUGACCAAAUGGGUCUUGCAAGUUUUGGAAACUACAAAAACAUGCCAGACCUGUUUGAUCAGAAAUAAUGGUGGAUGAGCAAAUACACUUUGUAAGUAGCUCUGUCCCACUACCACCCACUCUCUGGAAAAACACAAACAAAAUCCCAACAGAUAUUCCUGGUACUUCUCUUCCAUGAUGGGUUUUUCUCUCAAUCAGUGUGAGAUUUCAUGACAAUAGUACAGGCAAUAUUUUUCAAAUAACCGCAUUCAUAACGCAUGCAAAUACUCAUCGGUCAUUAGAAAUAAUAAUGAGGAUGAGGAUGUUUGGGAAAUAAAGAGUGACAAAUUUGAAUUAAAUGUGUCACAGCAAAAUAAAAUGUGGGAAUGUUAAUUGUAUGUCCCUAGUUGGAAGGACCCUAGAUUUGUAAUCUAGAUUUGUAGGCUACAGGAAGGACAUAUACUAAUUUUGGAGGACGGACUAUCACUAUACCUUACAUGCAGAGGGUCUUGCAUUCAAUCCUUGAAUUCUCCAGUUUAAAAGAAUCAGGUGUUGGUAAUAUGAACAAUCCCUGUCUGAGUACCUGAAGAACCACUGCUGGUCAGAGUAGCCCUUUUCAAGGGGUCCUUUGUUUUGGGCAAACUGCAGGCACUGAGGACCCACUUUGAGAGGCAAAGGGUAAAAGCUCCUUUUGCCCCCCUCCCCACACACACCGGGUUUGAUUCAGAUAAAAACCCCAGGCCUACAAUCUGCCACUUUCCCCUCUUCCUCUUUAAGCUAGGAACUCUAAAGGAGAAGGUCAAGCAGGAGAGCCUCAGGGACCAGAUGGGACCAAAGUCCGGUUAAGGGUUGUGUCUAAUGUUAGUUACACUCGUAGUAGACCCAGUGAAACUAAUGGACACAAUUAACUUAGAAUCAUACAGUUGGAAGGGACCCUGAGGGUCAUCUAGUCCAACCCCUUGCAAUGCAGGAAUAUGCAGCUGUCCCAUACAGGGAUCAAACCUGCAACCUUGGUGUUAUCAGCAUGACGCUUUAGCCAACUAGGCCAUCAGCUGAGGUCCAUUAAUUUCAGUGCAUCUACCCUGAAUAAAAACUUAGCUGGACUCAACACAUGAUGUAUAUCACAAAAUUGUCUGUUUCACAAGUGCAUAGCCACACAUCAAGGAUACCUAUCAAUACAUCAACUCUAAAUAAAAACAUGUGGUGAGUUGGAUCCAGAAGUUAGUGAAGCUGGAGCCGCCGCCGCCGCCCCGCCCCGCUGAAAUCAGCGAGACUUUGUAAUGACUAAUCUAUCCCAUUGAUUUCAAAUGAAACUGAAGAAUGACUUGCUGCCUCUGGAUCUGCCCCAGUAUGCAUUCAGUAUAAAACCUAAGAUUAGCAAUGAUGAAACCAUAGGCUUGCAUUCUAAAUAUAUAGACUCAUAUGAGGCAAAGGAAGGUGUGGGGGGAGCAACAGAGAGAGAGAGAUGAAUCCAGCGAAUUAGAGAAGGCUUGAGAAAAUAGAUAUGUCUCGAGGCACUACUUGAAGAGUGGGAGGUACUGAAUCAUACAGAUAUCUGGAGUUGACAUUCUUCUUCCAGAUCUAUAGAAGUUAAAUCUGUGGUUGCGUGGAGGGCCAGACACAUUGGGCAGAUCCACCCCAUGCAUUUCAAAGGCACCUGGCACACAUUUAAAGCACGUUAUGUCUCCUAAAUAAUCCUGGGAACUGUAGUUUGUUAAGGGUGCCUGGAACUUGAAGCUGUGUGCAGGGGGAACGAUAGUUCCCAGGAUUCUUUGGGGAAAGCUGUGUGUCUUAAAGAGGCAUAGGAUGUGCCUUGAAUGUAUGGUGUGGAUCUGCCUUGUCUCUAGUGCACCUGCAUGGAAAUGCACACGCCUGGACAUGAAAGUGGCGUGUCGUGCUCUAAAGUACUGCGUGCUCUGCAGCCAUUUCACAUAUUUCAGCUGAUGAAGUUCGCUUUGAAGUGUUUACCGUGCAGUGUGCAACAGUCAAGUUUUUCUAGCAUAGCUUUAACGAAAAGAAUCAACACCUUCCUGGCUUUUAAAACAGUUCAGGGCACAAUGUGGCAGAGUAAAUGGACGCAGCGCACACAUCAGGUGGAGAAGAGCACUGGGGAGCAGCUGUAGCUCAAGUGACAGAGCAUGUGCUUGGCAUGUAGAAGGUCCCAGGUUCAGUCCUGAUAUCUCCAGGGUGGGCUUCUGCCUGAAAUCCUGGACCACGUCUGCCAGUCCAUGUACACCAACCAGCCUUCCCCAAUCUGGUGCCUUACAGGGGUAUUUUGGACUACAAUUCCCAUCAGCCCCAGGCUGCGGCUGAUGGGACUUGUAGUCCAAAAAAGCUGGCAUCAAUACUGAGCUAGAUAGACCAUUGAUCUUACUUGAUAUAAUGCAAGCUUCCUAUGUUCUGUAUUCAGUGUGGAGGGGACCUUCCCUAUCUUAGGCAUUAACCGCGGCAUAAGAACUGGGAUGUGAGAAGUAUGGCAGUGUGUCCCUGUUGUAAUAUGUGAAAUGCUGGAGGGCACUGAGGAUAUUUUAUAUAGUUUUGCCACACGUGACAGAGCAUGUACUGCCUGCCUGACACAUGCCCUAGUCUCCGUCAGUGACGAACCACACUUAAAGGUCCUUGUAUAGAAGUGAUUUCUGUGUGGGAAAUUCAUCUUGCUUGAAGCACCCUGAGAGCUUCUUAUGGAAGUGUGAGAUUAGAGUUGAGGGAUAUGCCUCUGCAGAGAUGGUUAGGUGUCAUGAUGUACAACUGCAGUAACAGCCCCCUCUCUCCCUUUUCCUCACUUCUUCCAGUUCCGCUACAAGACCCGAGUUUACAAGCAGACUAACCUGGAUGAGAAGCAGCUGGCAAAACUCCACACUAAGGUGAGAGAAGAGAGACCUUUCAACAUCUUCACCCCCCCCCACCUCCCCAAAACCCCCAUAGAAAUAAAAAUCUCUGUCCGGAGAGCAGCUGGCUUUAAAAAUCCCGUAUUUUAGUACAGUUUCAGCAUUCUAACUCCGUUGCCGUGUAUGCUCUGCUACGGAAAUACUGUGCAGAUCAGACAAAUUAUGAGAGUAUUCUGAUUUACUUAAAAGCCACCCCUUCGCUGCUUCAGAGCUAGCAUAGAGCUGCAAGCCAUUACAGUGGUACCUCGGGUUACAGACGCUUCAGGUUACAGACUCUGCUAACCCAGAAAUAGUACCUCGGGUUAAGAACUUUGCUUCGGAAUGAGAACAGAAAUCGUGCGGCAGCCGCGGGAGGCCCCAUUAGCUAAAGUGGUACCUCAGGUUAAGAACAGUUUCAGGUUAAGAAUGGACCUCCAGAACAAAUUAAGUUCUUAACCCGAGGUACCACUGUAGUUUCUUAGCAGCCUAGUUAAAUAAACAGGCUAGUAACUUUCGUGAGCUUAUUUAUAAGGUUGCAUUUAAUAAGCCAGAAUGCAAAAGAAUGCACACCUGGGACUCUCCAUGGAAAUGAAUAGCGGAGCCUUUGCAGGCAGGAAACAUCUGUAUCCCUGCUUGAUCCCCUCAUGCCCGCAAGACACUCUGGGAGGCUUAAGCGUGAGGCCCAGCUCCACUGUGUUCCUCUUUUCAACCUGCAGUAUUCUGUCCCCUCCCUUUCCCGCCCCACAAUGGCUGUCACUGGCAACUCUUUCCCCAGACGGGAUUGAAGAAGUUCCUGGAGUACGUUCAGCAUGGAUCGGCCGAGAAAGUGGCGCGGCUCCUGGACAAAGGGCUGGAUCCCAACUACCACGAUUCCGACACUGGCGGUAACUAUCGAGGGGGCACACAAAGCGGGAGAGUUGGGGCGCCUGGGGUGCCUGCCACACAACCCGCCCCUCUCCUCACAAUAGUAACCCUGUGGUUUCCCUGCAGAGACGCCUUUGACGUUAGCUGCCCAGCUGGAUGGCACCAUUGACGUGAUCCGGCUGCUAUGCCUUGGCGGUGCCCACAUAGACUUCCGUGCGAGAGAUGGAGCCACAGCACUACACAAAGCUGUGUGCUCCCACCACUACCCAGCCCUGAUGGUAAUGCCAGUUGCCAAUUCCUUCUCAGUACUGUACUGGGAGAUGUGAAAAUAAAGAUGUGGGAGCGAAAGAAAAUGUCAGUGGCAGCAUAUCUCCUCCACCUUCACGGCUCCUUAUGCUUUUGUUGUUAUAUAUAAGCAUAUAUGAGAAGUAUAAGAAGAGCGGUCCCUGCUCAAAGCAUCUUACAUUCUCAUGUCAGGGCCAGAUCUCUGCCUGGAGGCUCUUACAAUAUUUCGCUGGGACAGGUCGCUGCUUCAAGAAGCUGCCAAACUAAUGCCAGGAUUUGUGUCGCAUGCAGAUCUUCUGGGUUCCCUGUUAAGCAUCAUCCAAUAUGGUGGGGUUUCCAUGCCAGCUGAAUUUGCUAGCCAAAGGGUCACAGAAGGGGCCACUCUGGCUUUCAGUGUGUGGAUCCAUAGUGUGUCUCUGCGCAGGGGCUGCCAUGUUCGGUAGGCCGUCAUUUAAAAGACCACAGCUAUGGUGCAUGUUUUGUGGGGAGAGCCACUGCCUGCCCUUUUGGAGGAGUCACGCUUUUGGAGGCUGCAUGUUGAUCAGCUAAGUUAUUUUCUCCUGGGCCAGAACUGAGAGCCUUUCAACGAUCUCUGGCUCUUCCUUACUUGAUCCCACUCUCCCCAGACAGUAAUAGUGGAACGGACUCCCUUGGGAGGUUGUAGACUCUCCUUCCUUGGUGGUUUUUAAGCAGAGGCUGGAUGGCCAUCUGUCAUGGAUGCUUUACAAUAAUAAUAAUAAUUUUAUUAUCAAUACCCUGCCCAUCUGUCUGGGUUUCCCCAGUCACUCUUUAGUUGAGAUUCCUGCAUUGCAGGGGGUUGGAUUAGAUGACCCUCGGGUCCUUUCCAACUCUACAAUUCUAUGUGGUUAUUAAUCAUGAUUAUAACUCUUAAUGUAUAUAUAGCUUCAUGCCAAAAUAGGUUUCUAAGCAGGAUGCAAUAAUAAAAACCAGUGACACAAACAUUGAGGUCUAAGCACAUGUGAUUAAAAUAUGCAAUAAAACAAUCCAAUUAAAACAGUGCAGAAAUUAAAACAGGAGGUUCAAGUCAAGAAGGGGCGUUUCCACCCCCAUUGUUCUGCCCGGACACUGAAGUCCAGCUCCGAGGGCCUUCUGGUGGUUCCCUCACUGCAAGAAGUGAAGUUACAGGAAACCAGGCAGAUGGCCUUCUCGGUAGUGGUGCCUGCCCUGUGGAACGCCCUCCCAUUCAAUGUCAAAGAAAUAAACAACUAUCUGACUUUUAGAAGACAUCUGAAGGCAGCCCUGUUUAGGGAAAUUUUUAAUGUUUGAUGUUUCUUUAAUUUUUUUUUAUUUUCAAUGCAAAUUUAUAAUUACAAACAUUGCAUCCAAAAUAAAACAGUACAAACAAGAAAAACAAAACAAAACACAAGAGAAAAAAAACAAAAAGCAAAACACACAUCUACAAAUAAAACCAUAUCAUCAUUCUAAUCAUUACGUACAUAUACACAUAAUGACUUCCUUCCUUUGUUCUAAGACCUCGAAAUUUUUACUCUUUCUAAAUUGUUGUGUCUAAUAUAGAUUACCUCUAUCUUUAUACUUUUUGCACCAUUUUUCUCUUUAUUUAACCCUGCAAAGCUUCAUUCGUUACAUACCGAUAUGCUUACUCCAGAACAAUGUUUUUUCGUAUACUCUUUAGCACAUCACAGCAUUCAUAAGGGGACAAUUGGACCAAAAAUUAUUAAAAGAAUGGGGAUGUGCUAAUGCUUGAUGUUUUAUUGUGUUUUUAAUAUUCUGUUGGGAGCCACCCAGAGUGGCUGGGGAAAACCCAGCCAGAUGGGCGGGGUAUAAAUAAAUUAUUAUUAUUAUUAUUAUUAUUAAGCAAAAGAAAGCCUGUGUAAACAGGUGCGCAUUCAAAAGCCCAUACAAUAAGCUACUGCAAGAGGAGCAAUAUGUUUCAUUCCUCAAGAGGCAUGAAACAACGCUGGGCUGAACCUGCCUUUGCCAUUCACACUGGCCUGUUUUUCUCCCGCAGGCACUCUUGGACCUGGGAGGCUCACCCAAUUACAAGGACCGCCGCGGGCUGACUCCGCUCUACCACACAGCCAUGGUUGGAGGUGACCCGCGCUGCUGCGAGCUUCUGCUCUACAACCGAGCCCACAUUGGCGCCACUGACGAGAAUGGCUGGCAGGAGAUACACCAGGUAAGGACCUGCAUAUAGCGGCCGAGCUUCCAGGCACUCUUGAGUUGCCCUGUCUGGCAGCCCUGGAUUGUGUGCUUGAGAGGGCUAGGUUACCCAUCUUACAUCCUGUGUGUGUCUCCUGCCAGGGUUGGCUCCAAGCCUAAAGAUUGAGGGGGGUGGCUGUGACUUGGCACCUGUCCAUCUGAUCAUCUAGCCCACAUCUUCCAUUCCUGACCUCUGCUUCCCCACGUACCAGGCCUGCCAGCACGGACACUCACAGCACUUGGAGCACUUGCUGUUCUACGGCGCCGAGCCUGGGGCACAGAAUGCGUCCGGAAACACGGCGCUACACAUCUGCGCACUCUACAACAAGGUAGGAAUGGCGGAAGUAGAAGAAGAAGAAGAUGCAGCACACAUAACACGCCCUGUAGGGAUGGGCAACUCUCUCUGAUUUGGUUUCUCGUUUUUCCAAAUCUUUAAAUUUGGGUUUCUCCACUUUCCUGCAGCAAUUUGUGAUUUGUUUAAUUAAAAAAAAAAAUCCUCGUGAAAAUUGGUCAGCGUUGUAUUGCACAUUUCCCCCGGCAAUACACAAUUGUGCAAAAUAAAUAAAUAAAUCCUAAUAUAUAAUGCAUUUUUGUACAUCUUGUCUGGUUGGCGAACUGCAUCACAAAAUUCGGAGAAGUGUCGAUUUCAAAGAACGAUUGUGUUUCGGUUCACAUACUGGUUUGGUUCUGUGAAGUGUGCAUUUGGUAGUUUUUCAUUAAAACGUGGAUGAAAUUGAUCCCCAACCCCCAUACAUACAACAGUUUGAGAAUGGUCAGGCCGAUGCCUUUGCUGUGUUCAAUCCAAGUUUGCCUUUCCUCUUUGGGAUGGAACUUAUGGGAAAUGGGCAGGUAGCAGGGAGGAAUUGCACUGAAUCAGGGGUUGCCUUUUUGGGUCAUCAGCCAAAGCCCAACAAGGACCUGCUGUCCAAUUUCAGAGACCCUGAUAGACAUCCUCUUCACUGUUGCUACCAGUGCUGCAGUUAGGUCACUUUAUACUGUAGGCCUUAUUUCAUUUCAUUUCACUUUUAAAUUUGUAUACUGCCUUUCUAUACAGUAUUGCUAUACACCAGGCUGUUUGCAAGCUGAAGAAACCACAAAGAUCACACGCCGUAUAACAAUCUGAUCCAGUACAAAAAUGUCAUUAAAAACCAUAACUUUAAAAUAAACAACUUGUAUCAAAUAAACUAAUAUUCAGUAAUCCGUUAGAAUAUAAUAGUACACAAUAAAAUUACUUAUCAGCAAAUAAUGAUUAAACAGAAAUUCACUCUUUAACAAUUACAAUAAAUAAUUUCUAAUCCGUAAUCAAUAAAAAGAACAGCAAGUCACAGUGCAUAAAAUAACACAGUACAAAUUGAGAAACAAAGACACACAACUUAACAAAUUAUUUUUAAAAAAGCAUCCCUGAACUUCUCUUCCCUCUUUCCAGUUGCUCCUAGGGCUGGAGGGUGGGGCAAGGCAGGUUAUGAUGACCAGCACAAAGUCUGUCUCCUCUUAUGCCCCUCCACCUUCUCUUUAGAUGGCAAUGUGUAUUAUUUUGUGGACUUCAACAUGUGAUAAGACAGCCCUGCUGUGUUUAGUGGCUCUCCUGAUCAUUCCGCUGUUGGGGCUCUUGACAUCUGCCCUAAAGUCCUUCCUUGAGUGCACCACCAAUUGCCUUUUGCAAGGAAGUGAACAGUGGCAGGGCAGUGAGAAAGACCCAGCAGUCGUAACAACCCUUGCACGCGGGUGGCGCUGUGGGUUAAACCACAGAGCCUAGGACUUGCCGAUCAGAAGGUCGGCAGGUUCGAAUCCCUGCGAUGGGGUGAGCUCCCGUUGCUCGGUCCCUGCUCCUGCCAACCUAGCAGUUCGAAAGCACGUCAAAGUGCAAGAAGAUAAAUAGGUACUGCUCCGGCGGGAAGGUAAAUGGCAUUUCCGUGCGCUGAUCUGGUUCGCCAGAAGUGGCUUAGUCAUGCUGGCCACAUGACCCGGAAGCUGUACACCAGCUCCCUCGGCCAGUAAAGCGAGAUGAGCGCCGCAACCCCAGAGUCAGCCACGACUGGACCUAAUGGUCAGGAGUCCCUUUACCUUUAACAACCCUUGCACUAUCCUUCAAGUAAUAGGUAGUAUGGGCUGAACUCAGAGCAAGGUUGGGGGACCUUUUUCAGCCCAAGGACUGGAUUAUUUUCUGGGCAGCCUUCCAGGAGUUACUUGACAGUUGUGGGUGAGGUCAGAGGCAAAAGCAUGCAGAGCAAGUGAUGUAAAUAUGACUUUUUGCACUGUAGUCUUAUAAUAAAUUCUAAUCUCAUUUAACCCAUUUUGGUACUUACCGAUGCACACACAUUCUUGGCACCUUUGCAGAUCUCUUGAUCAGGGGUCACUAACCUGUAAACUGCCAUAGGUUGUUGGGCUACAGCUCCCAUCAUCCCUGACCAUUGUCUGUUCUGGCUGAGGCUGAUGGGAGUUGGAGUCCCACAGCACUCGGUGUGCCACAGGUGAACCCUCUCUGCUAGAGCUAGCUGCUGGCAACUUGUCCACCGAGAACAGGAUGGAGGGAAGAUGUGCCUUAUUCAUUCCUUCUCUUUCUCCUCCCCCUCCCCUAUCUCCCAGGAGAGCUGUGCCCGCAUCCUGCUGUACCGGGGAGCCAACAAAGAGAUCAAGAACAACCAUGGCCAGACUGCCUUCCAGGUGUGUGUGGUGAAUUGGAUUCAAGGGAGAGCGAGAGUGGGACACACUGACCUAAUCUGAACCAAGACAUCACAGGGCUAAGCCCCUGAAUGUCUUGCCUUGCCCAGGUCAAUAUGGGUGUUUGGGGAUUUAGGUGGAUCUAUUAUACUAAGGGGACGUGGGUGGCGCCGUGGGUUAAACCACAGAGCCUAGGACUUGCCGAUCAGAAGGUUGGUGGUUCGAAUCCCCACGACGGGGUGAGCUCCCGUUCCUCUGUCCCUGCUCCUGCCAACCUAGCAGUUCGAAAGCACGUCAAGUGCAAGUAGAUAAAUAGAUACUGCUCCAGCAGGAAGGUAAACGGCAUUUCCGUGCGCUGCUCUGGUUCGCCAGAAGCGGCUUAGUCAUGCUGGCCACAUGACCUGGAAGCUGUACGCCGGCUCACUCGGCCAAUAAAGCGAGAUGAGCGCCGCAACCCCAGAGUCGGCCACGACUGGACCUAAUGGUCAGGGGUCCCUUUACCUUUAUUAUACUGUGGAAUAAUAGUUUCCUGGUUUCAUUUUGUUGAGAUUGCCCUGCACUUCUCACAAGGAAAUAGGUACAUUUCUUUUACUGGCUGAUUCUGUAGAUCUGGAACUAGGCGCUCUCACCUUGUCGCCAGCAUUGGCGCCUCGGUGUCAUUAAUUCUGCAUAGCAUAGGAGACGCGAGGAGGGAUCAGUUUCUCCAUCUCCACCUUGCACUAAAUCCCAAAAACUAUCAGAUGGAGCUCACAGUCCCCCUAGCCCUGGUUCAAAAUACUGUAGCAAAAAAGGGUGCUUGGGAGUUCUGAAGGCAAAUUGGACCAGUAGCUCUGCCCUGCUUGUAGGAAUCAAUAGAAGUCAUAGAAAGCUGCCUUAUACUGAGCUAAUGACCAUUGGUCCAUCCAGCUCAGUAAUUUCUUACUGACUGGCAGUGGCUCUCUAGGGAUUCAGGCUUGGGGUCUCUCCCAGCCCUACCUGGAGAUGCCAGGGAUCGCCCCCCGGGGGCUUCUGCAUGCACAGGAGAUGCUCUACUGCUGGGCCACAGCCCCUCCCUUUAGCUGAUAUACUGCAAACCUCUCCUUGGCCUGCAGCAGCUCAGCUAAAGCAGCCGCCUCUGGGUCUAGACUGAGUCAGAGAAUGUGAACGUAUCUGCAGCAUGCGGUCCUGGACAAUACAGUGGUAUAACCUGAGUAAGACCCAGAAUUCCUUUCAACUCUGCAUGAGUUAAGGCCCAUAUUCUCCAGAUAUGCUGGAGUCCUUUGGCCAACGCCUGGACAGAAGAUUGCCUGGGAGUCCCCUGUAGGCCACCUUGCACUCCGUGGAGGAAAGGUGGGGUGUAUAUUUAAUUAGAAAGGGAAAGAGGCAUGGUGAAGAAUUGGGCACAUUCUCAUAGAUAGCAGGUGAGGUGUGCUAGCUUGGGUAAGGAGGAGUGGCAUGCAGGUAAGUAAACCGGCUGGCACAGGGUUCUCCAUCACUCCUAUGCCAGGCAACCCAGGAAGGAUGCAAGAGCUCCAACCCUGUACUAGGAAAAAGAUAAAUAAAUGGCAGUCUAGUAACUUUAGUGGACUUAUUUACAAGGCUGUGCUAAACCUGUGUCUGGGCUGCAUCACCCCAAGCUGCAGACAAGGGUUCAUAUGAAGGAUGAUGAUGACGAUGUGCUACUAUUAAACCAUAGAAAACUCAGGGAAAACCCAUGUUCAAACUGCUCUCCCUGCUAUUUAAUUUUUCAGGAUCAGGGAUUGGGGAGGUGGGUGUAUGAAGAAGCAAGCCAUAAUGUGAAAUCUCCACUUUGAAGUGGACACAAGUUUCCCCAGUUUUAGCCCGCAGGGUGGGCUAAGAAAUUGCCUUACGUUGGGUAGCUAGUGGAUUCCGGCAACAGAGGGCCAAAUGGAGGGAUCCAAUCACCGCAGCCUUGAGCUUCUCAAACAAACUAGAUCCCUAGUUUUGUACAGUUUUGUCAGUGCUCCUGAGGAAAAAUAAACAUUGUGCAUACACAUAUUCUCUCCAUGUUAGGUUGCAGUCAUUACAGGGAAUUUUGAGCUGGGAGAGCUGAUCAAGAGCCACCGGGACUCAGAUGUUGGUGAGUUUGAUUGCAGGGUGGGUGCUGUUAACAUUCCUCCACUACGAACAUAAAGGAUUUGCAGUACAAUUAGAUAACAUGCCUACUCACACGUAAGUCCUCUUGGCUAUAUGGCUACACUUCCUCCCCUACACCAAUUUCCCCCCUCCACACACACCAGUACCAAUGAGCACCCUGAAUAUUGUAGUUCUCUAAUGAGGAAAAGAAUUUUAUAGGAAUGCUUCACAACUACAAUUCCCAGGGAACUUUGUGGGGAUAACAUGUCUGGUCAUAACACUAAGCCACAAUUUAGCAUUAUGAAAAUGAACCCAGCCUCUCGCCCUGGGAUUGCAUGUUCCUCUACCUUCACCUUCAGUGCAGCUGCAAUGAAUAAUUCAUGUUCGUUUGCUUUUGUUUUAGAUUAACGUAAAUUUUGCAAGUUGUCCAAACACUAUAAACUGUGGUUAAUCUUAGCAAUCGCUAGCGGAAACAACGUAUCUUCAAACUGCGGUUUAUGAAGCUGGUUUGGUUUCACUGAGUAUGGUUAAGAUUCACCACAGUUUAGUGUUUGGACGACGUACUAAACAACUUCGAUCUAAAACAGAAGUGAAAGCUUCUAAUCCCUUUGCAGCCAUGCCCAGAAUAGGAGUGAGGAGGGGGAAGUGAACAACCUUGGAAAGUCUUGCUUCAUUCUAACAAGGGUUUAGCAUUAUGAUGCCUCUAGCCCAUGAGAGCUGAACUGGUUUAAAUUCAGCAUUGAGCCUCUUUUCACAAAUGACACCUUGGUUUUUGCAUUUUCUUUAUUCAUAAAGUAAAUAGAAAACCUUGGCAAGACUGUACAAUUGAUUUAUAUGUUACUGUCUUCUGCCUUAGCAGUAUUCACGAAGUGUACAUUCUAAAAUGUAAAUGAAAGCUUGUUAAGGGCCCUAGGUCUGCAGUAGGAUAUGGCACCAACUGCUUGUUUUGUGCCACUUAGUUGACAUCACAGAGACCAACGCUGAAGAAAUCCCAGGUAACUGGACAUUUGAUGGUGGCACCUAGGAAUUCACUUGUUUAUCCAGGCUGCUGCAUUACUGGAGAUUUAAAACAUGAUUUGGGCUCUCUUAAAAAUUGUGCUAACUUGCAGGAAAUUGGCAUGUUUUGCAAGCCCUGAUAGACACAGCCUGACUUUCAUAGCUGAGCUCUUCCCCACUUCUGCACUGCUGUUGCUGUCAUAAUCUUCUCCAUGCUAUCAGUGUCUUGACCUCUUCCAUUUUCCUCUCAGCCAUUUCCUGCCUGCUCUUUUCCAGGCCCAGUUUCAGCACCCUUGGGCAGCUGCCAGGACCCCAGAAUCUUGUGGGGGAGGGAGUAUCCGCCUGCACUGAUCUCUGCCCAUCAUCUUAAAUUUCCCACAAUGCUCCAGAGUGCCCAAUAUAGUACCAUUACAGGACAUUGUGGGAAGUUGAGGGCUGCCAUUUUGAUUUUCCACAGUGCUCCAUAGCAAGGCUAUGUAGGACACUGUGGGACGUUGCGGGAAAUGUAAAAUGCCAGCUCAUAGCCAUGGUUAUCAGGUAGGCUCACAGCCAUUGAGAUCGCCAGCAUUACAGAAGGUCUUCUGGGGGCACUUCUGUGGGAAAGGUCCUCACUCAACCCUAGAGCCAACAAGUCACCCCAUUUCACACAUUCAGAUUUUGCCAGUCAGUGGGGAGCGACGGAGAUCUGUGCAGGAUGCCAGAGCCUUCUCCCUCACUGCUGGAAACCCUUUUCAGCUGCCCCUCAGGCUUCUGGGUUUCCAAUAGGCAUUUCCCACGCGUUUUCAAGCACAUCCGUGUGACCAUACGACCUAGAACCCUGUUUUUUUUCAAAAAUGAAAGGUGAGAGUCCCGAGAAGCUAAACGGCAUGCCCAGCAACACCACCUGAACAUUUAAUUAUUGCUAGCCUCCCACAAGAAAUUGCAGCGUAACACACAGGUCUGCACCAGCUGUGCUCACAACCCAUUAAGGUUUUUGGUUGCAGGGAACAAAUCCCCAUGAUGUUCUCCUCCCCAGCUUUCCUGUUUCAAAUCUGUCCUCUGACAUGGCUGUCCCUUUCAGUCCCUUUCCAGGAGACCCCGCAAUACGUCAGCCGGCGUCGGGACGGCUCCCAGAGCCUGGCGGUGCCGCACACUUUGCUGCGAGCCAACAGCGACACCAGCAUGAACCUCCCGGACUGGAUGCUUUAUGCCCCGCCGUCCACCCCGUCUGCCACUGUGGCUGUGCAGAGCCAGAAGAUCACCACGGGAACCCUGCGCAGCUCCAGCAGUCCCCGUGGCGCUCGCAGCCGCUCUCCGUCACGCGGGCGCCACACGGACGAGGCUAAGAAGCAGCGCGGUCGACCCAGGUAGGCUUGGGGCUUCAUAUGUGAGGCUCCAGGCUUCAGUGAUCUGAGAUAAGCCGAUAGAGACAGAUGUGAUUUGUGAUUUGAUGAAGAUUACAGUGGAUUUCUUUUGCAAUUUCAAGAGGAUUUGUUUCACUGGUUCUAGUGUGUGUGCUUGUCCAUGCACACACACACUCGUCCUCUCUCCCCCCCGAUUCCUUUGGCACCUAUUCUUUCACCCAACUAUUCUGCGUUCCUCAGUCACCUAAAUUGCUCCCCUUUCCCCCUGUCUUCUUGGUUGCUUCGCUUUCUCUUGAGAUGCUCAGGUGCCAAUCUCGGUUUUGGAAAAGCACAUAUAGUUGAUAAGAGGAAAUGGGAAAGUUCAUCACUUUCUCCAGCUUCAGCUCUUAUGUACUUUUCAAGGGAGAAAACACUUGGUGCCUCAUAAUGAAUGGUGUGGCGGGCAUCCAGGGGCUUUGUUGUGCCAGGGGAAGGCCUCCAGAAUGCCACAUUGGUACUCUAGAGUAGGGGGAGGGGGUUGAAAACCUGGUUCCCCUUUGAAAGGGGCUGGGAUCCAGUGAUGCAGCAGGAUAAUUUUAGACCCUAGACUUAAUGGUCUUACUGGGGGCUCUUUAUAUGAUAAUGUGUAUUUCAAAAUGUGGUGAGCCAGCCUGCUGCUUGCUGGGGGAACCUGGGUGCUUCCUGCACAUUCUGCUGCUUGGGCCCUGGACAUCAGUCCCCAAGUCGUUUCCUGAUGGCACAGCUGCCAGGAUCGGACAGGUUCAGGAACACCCGACAGGAGCGAGCCAGCAGUAAAUCACCCGAGCAAAUUGGAGUUAGCUGAUUAUUAGCAAAACAAGAUCAGCACAGGAGUGUCAGACCUAAUCUCAAGUCUUCUCCCAUGAAGCAGUUGCUGAGACUAAAGUUUCCCACCUCUCCAUAGCCAGCUAUGUCUCCACCUCUCCAGGGCAUUUCCCAAGCAAUCAGAGACUGCACCUGCAGGCCUGUCUUUGCUUCUCCCUCUUCAUGCCUCUCCUGAUUCUGGGAGACCAGGAGGGAGGGGAGCUUGUCACAGCAGGAGAUACAUGUGCCUCUUCACAAGCCUGACCAAUACCUGCCUCUUGGCCUCCCUUGUCUCCUGCUUUAGCUUCUGCCUCUGAUUCUGGAUUUCUCUGUGCCACAGACUUUCUCAGCUCACUGAGCACGGUUACCUCUUCAGCUUCCAACACCUCCUCUUCCUAGUCUUCUCCCUCUGACCACUCGUCGUCGUCCCACCACCAACCCCCGGGCUCUAAGCCUUCUUCACUUAGGGGUUCCCCAGCUGGUUCCUCCCACCAUUCCUCUGCAUCCAACACGCCCUUGAGAUAGAAUGAGAUCUGUCUCCUCUUGGGAAAAAGAGUGGCUUGGGGCUGAAAUGGAUAUGAAGUGGGAGAUCAAAAUUUCUCAGUGUUUUGUUUGUUUUUUAAAGCCAAACACAACACCUUCAAAGUAGCCAGAGGGAUAGCCUUCAAUCUUUACCAGAGCAGCAGCAUUGGGGGCAGGUGGAGGUGUUUAAAUCCCCGGCUCCCACCUCUCAUUUCUGCACUACUCUCCCAAUCAAGACCACAAAUCUUUUUUGUGCUAUUAGCCCCACUGGAGAAAAAAGACAGGAGGAAUAAGAGUAAAUCCAUUCUCUGAGUGUGGAUCCUUAUGUAGGCAAAACAGCACCGAGGGGUUAUCCAAAAAUAGCGCAAUUUGGACUAUGCUCUGGAGGCAUAGGAUGUUUGUUAAGUGUUGUUGGGGGAACCAUAAGACCACGAUGGGGAGGAGGAAUGGAAUGGAGUCUCCUGAAAGAAGGCCGAGCUGGCUGACUGGGAUCCUGAACAAGAACACACUGCGCUGCAACAUUUUAUCACAGGCCACACUUCUGCUGCAUUAAAUGUGCAUUAAAUUUACAUAUUUCAAAAAGAAUAGCAAGAGGCAACCAGGAAUGUGUCAUAAAGGGUUGGAUGGAGAGUUUGCAGCAGUCCUAAUGAAAAAUCCACCCCACCCCAGCUGCUAAUUGCCCAAGAAGUAGCAGCUUCCGUCCUGGGCUGGUAACAGCUUUGGGAGGAAACUUUUGUUGAGCUCAUGGUGCAGGGAGGAAGGCUCAUGAUGCCCCAUUCCCUGUAUGCUGCAGUCUGAAUCCUGAACAGGGAACCCUGCUGCCGUAAUGUUAAAGGAUGAUGACAAUGACAGUGAUGUUGAUGAUAAUCACGACAGAAAGAUUGAAGUGAACACAUGCAUUUUAACUUAGUGCAUAGCUUGGCCCUCCAGGCCAAUGAGGAAAAUCAGAGUGUUUGCAAGAGGCCUCUCUCUGUAGGGUAGAGCAGAGGCGAGAGGAGAAAGAUGCAGGUCAGGUUCAGGACUCAGUCGGAUCAUACUUGCCUAAAUCUUGGUCUCUCUCUCUUGGCAGCUCCAGUGGCUACCAGAAGGAGUCUGCUGGGGGAAGCACGCUGAGUAGCCGGGGAGUGAAGCGGAAACUCUAUUCGGCUGUGCCUGGUCGCACGUUCAUGGCUGUGAAACCGUACCAGGUCCAGGCCGAGGGUGAGCUCUCCAUCAGCAAGGGCGAGAAGAUCAAGGGUACGUUGAUCUCUGCGCACACCCUUGGAUUGCCUAGGGAAUCUCUCUGAGCCCCACGACGCCUGGGUUCUUGGGGAGAGACCAAAGGGCUUAUCAUGGGCGUUCUUUAACUUUGUCGUAGCCAGCCUCACACACACAAAAAAAAGAAGAAGCAGAACAGUUGGGCUUCCUAAAGAGAAAGAAAGAGAGAAAUUAUAAUUAUAGUCCUACCCAUCCCUUCCAUUGAUGCCAGGGAGUGAAUCUUCAGGACCAGCCAUUCCCAGUCUGGUGCCCUGGAAAUGUUUUGGACUGGAACUCUCACCAUCCCUGACCAUUGCCCAUGAUCACUGGAGCUGAUGGGAGUUGCAGUUCAGCAACAUCCGGCAGCAUCUGGUUGAGGAAGGCUGAUCUAGACCUAUGGGAAAUGGAAGACAUGUUACAUGCGGGGUAGAUGAGGACUCCAUGGAGUGUUUGGGGUUUUUUUUAAGGACCCAGUUUAAAAGCAUGGAGUACUUCCCCCAACGUGUGCCCACACAGUUUUCUCAGCAUGAGUGGGGAAACCCAGAUUUUACACUCAAUGGGAGCAGGGAGAAACAACACUAUAUACCCAGAUGGUAGGGUUUGAUGGGUCCCUUAGUCAGGAAGGAACUUGAGCCUCUCUCUGAAUACAGUGGAAUCUUGGUUCUCGAACUUAAUCCAUUCCGGGAGUCCAUUCGACUCCCAAAACCAUUCAAAAACCAAGGCGCGGCUUCUGAUUGGCAUCAGGAGCUUCUUGCACUCAAGCGGAAGCCGCGCCAGACAUUUGGCUUCUGAAAAACAUUCGAAAACCAGGACACUUACUUCUGGGUUUUCGGUGCUCGGGAGCCAAAACGUACGAGUACCAAGGCGUUCGAGAACCAAGGCACGACUGUAUAGGGAGGUUGCCCCCUACCUUGCACUUUCAGAAUCUUGCGUUUGGCUGAUACAGCUGUAGCUGAGAAUCAGGGAAACUGUGAGGCUUGGCUUGUGUUUGUUUGUGUGUGCGUGCGUGUGUGGUCUUUAGUUGGUGUCUAGAAUGUCUUGGUGUGCAUCUGUCAGCCACGCAUGAGUGGCCCGUUGUCUUAAGUGUGUGUCUGUGUCCAGAGAAAGGUGGCCAGAUCAGAAUUUUGUGAAGCAGGGGAUUAUUUUUGAACUGCAGUACCUGAAAUAAGAGACGUGUUAUAUUCUGUCGGAAUGUAGGAAGUCUCCUUAGAUAAGCUGUGGAAAAUGUAUCCAUCUAGCCCAAUACUGGGCGGUAUUCAACUAAGUCCUAUUCAGAGUCGACCCAUCAGAAUUAAUGAAACUAAGUUGUGUCCAUUAACUUCAGUGAGUCUGUUCUGCAUAGGACUGGUGUUGCUGCCCUCUGUCUCCGCAGGCUGGUGGCGCCUCUGCAGGUUCACAGGCAAAUGUCGUUUCCAUCACCUACUACCAGAUCCUUUUAACUAGAAAUGCUGGGACUCAAACCCCAAAUACAAAGCAUGUGCUGUCUUUCAGAGCUAUGAUAUUUCCCCUACUGAAGAUAGAGCCAUGAAGUUGAAAGUGCACCCGCUGUGUUCAAUGGGGCUGUGAUAUUCUAGGGCAGUGAUUCUUAAACUGUACUGUAUCACAGACCACAGUUCUGCUUAGCUUCUUCUUUGAGGACUGCAACAUUCUUUUACUGCCACCACGUUGGAGGGAGACCAGUCACUUCACAGGCUUACAAAUAAGAAACUUCCUUCUGCACUCCCGUGCAGUUGUACAAAGCAGGGCUAAAAGUAAGAAUGGGGUGGGGAGCAAUUGUGAACCAGCACAAAUCUCUGCCCCCAAGAACAUGCCCUAUAGAACUGGUGAUUGAUUCUACAGGCAACGGCCAGUGAAAUCUCUACAAGUUUUAUAAUUGUGCUGUUGCUCAAUUUACAAAUACAAGAAAUGCUGUGAAACAAGACUGUUUUAAUUGCUGCAAAAAUGCUGUCAGUACAAGAAAUGCUGUGAAACAACAUAGCAUAGCCAUAGGACCUUAAAUGAAUGGUGUGACAUCUCCUAAAUAGUACGGUACAAAAUGGAGGUCUGCAAGUGAUUUCAGAGGACUCACAAAUAGGAGUUCAGUGGUCUAACUGCUGCAGAUUGCACAGCUCAGUGGAAGGCUGGUCAGCUAGACCUUUUUACAAAGACUUUCAGAGCAAACCUAUACUGAGUUUAAUGGAGCUCAUUCCCAAGUAAGCGGCUAUAAGAUCACAAACUAGAUGAGGGCCAUGGUGCUUGGAUAGAUGCUUAUAGAUGUACAGUGGUACCUUGGGUUAAGUACUUAAUUCGUUCUGGAGGUCCGUUCUUAACCUGAAACUGUUCUUAACCUGAAGCACCACUUUAGCUAAUGGGGCCGCCGCGCCGCCGGAGCACGAUUUCUGUUCUUAUCCUGAAGCAAAGUUCUUAACCUGAAGCACUAUUUCUGGGUUAGCAGAGUCUGUAACCUGAAGCGUAUGUAACCUGAAGUGUAUGUAACCUGAGCUACCACUGUAUAUUUGAUAUUGAAGGUGUUGAUAAUCUGGCUUCUGGCUUUCAAAAACGCUGCAGAAAACCCAGCCAACUAGUAUUUAGCAAUCUCCAAAGGAAUUAGAAGAUCUCAAGACACUGUGCAGUAAGCAAAUUACUAGGGGAGAUGAAGAUCCUAUUCUUCCUAAGAUAAGGGACUAGGUUUUACUGAAGGCCUGGUCUACACAAGCUACAGAGUUAAGUAGGCUUGAGGAUGCAGAAUUCUGGGAAUGGUACAAUGGACUGUAUCACUUCAGAGUGCAGAUGGAGAACAUAAUUUUUGAAUGUUCCCCUACAUCAAAAGCUUUCAACACAGCAUACUAAGGAUUUUUUUUAGGGCUUUGGGAGCAUUGACAAUGGUGGACAACUGGUGUUCAUUGAAGCCCCAGAAAAGCAUUCUAGUCAGCAACGCUAGUCCUUUCCCAGCUCCUUAAGGAUGUCUCCUUCCAAUGCUGGGCCUGGUGGAAAAAAGUGUCUUGGGAAAAACGGAGACUAGUGGCCAUUUUUGGGUGCUGUGAUCUCGUACCAUUUUAUGCCAAGAUCUCUCGAGCGCACACACCCAACACAUUUUCAGGGCUGCAUUUUGCUCUUCUGUGAGAGCAUGAGCCCCAAAAUUCACAUCUUUUGAACUCUGUGGUCUCGUGCAGAUCAUGUGACUUGCACAGGAGCAUGGCUAGGAAGACGUGCAUCAUGGUUUUGGGAGUCAAGAUAUUGGAGAGUAUGUACUGCUGGACUGUGGAGCACAGUUAAGGAAUCACUGUUCCAGAAUACGCAUUUAGAUUUCUUUCCCAGCAUCCCAAGGAAUAUGUGAGGGUUCUAAUACAUGCUUUUAAACAACAUUCCCGCCUCUUCUCCAGUGCUCUAGAAGCUUGUAUUUUAAAGCAGAAGAUGUAACACGAAAGGUGAUGGAUCACAACAUUGUCUAGAAAAAAACCUGCAGAACAAUGGUGUGCCUUCUGCAGCCCUCCAGGUGUUGUUGGACUCCCAACUCCCAUCAGCCCAAGCCAACAUGGUCAAUGGGCAGGGAUGAUGGGAGUUGUAGUCCAGUGAAAUCUGGAGAGCCACAGGUGGCCCAGCCAUGCUGCUUUCAGAUGCUGGGGACUAGAAACAACAACAAAAAGCAAGUUCCACACAGAACGACCCAACACUUACUUGUUUAUCAGCUUAAAAUCGUGUUAGCAGGAUCCCCAGAUGCAGGGAGUAUCUGAGAAUGCUCAGAGAGCACACCUUCACAAAAAAGGGGGGGAGAGGCAGGGCUUUUAACGACGACGGCUAAGUGGAUUCAGUUUGCUACUCUAACCAGGUCUCUGUUAGGUCAGGUUUGGCCCCUGUGCCACAGCGGCUCUGAAGAAGUAACAAAAUGGUGAACGGCUGGCCACCUUCGUCCAAAGCGUGUUCGCACCCCUAACAGUGCCCUUCUCCUUUUCAGUGCUGAGUGUUGGGGAAGGAGGCUUCUGGGAGGGACAGGUAAAGGGCCGUGUGGGCUGGUUCCCAUCGGACUGCGUGGAGGAAGUACCCAAUAAAUCACAGGAAGGGAAGCAAGGUAGGUGCUCCAAACUGCCCUCUAGCCCCUUUCUCUCCUAUAUAUAUACACACAAGUACAUAUAGAUUAUCUAGAUCUACACACACACACACUUAUGUAGCCAAAAUAGCACCAUCCAUGUAUAAGAGGGAGUUAUCAGCAGUCUUGGGGGAAGCCCAAGCUUUGUAGUGCAAAAAACAAAACAGAACGGUUUUAGGAGAGAGGAACCCCCAAGUAAGGGGGAAAUCUCAAAGCAGCUUAGUGAGGACUGAGCACGCUGUUUGGGCACAGAAUGCUGACUGGCUGUUGGGGGGAAGGAAAGCAGGAGACUAGGGAGAAUGGAAAGGGAAGGAAUAUUUAGUGUUUUGUUGGAAGCCGCCCAGAGUGGCUGGGGAAACCCAGCCAGAUGGGUGGGGUAUAAAUAAUAAAUUAUUAUUAUUAUUGAAAGAAGGCAUGUCUGACAGGCUGGCUGGCUGGGCACCCACAUAGCUUGUGCUUGGCCAAAAGUGCCUCUCUACCUUAUCAGCCCUACUCGACAAUUUCAAAAGUGGGGAGACACUUUCAGCACUUUUGUGGGGGGGACGUGGAGAAAUUGUUAAGCGUUUGCGCUGCGCAGAAGGAGACAAAGGAUUGUAGUCAAGUAACUUUUACUCAGAGUAGACAUGUUGAAAGUAAUGGUCGUGGCUAACUUAGGUCCGUUAAUUCCAAUGGCUAAAAUUUUAUUUCAGUGGGUAAAAGUGUGACUACAACCCAUGCAUUUAAUAUCCAGUAGCUAAGGCUUCUUCCUCCCCUCCUCUUCCAUGUUUCAGAAAUGAGCUUUGUCACUGUGGCAGGUACAGGGAGCUAUCUUUGCUUGCUUAAGGGUCAUUUCCCCCACAAAAAGCCCCCCACACCAUGCCCCUGUGGAAGAAUGCUGUUAAAUUGUUGUGAGGUAAUUUGGCUGUCCUCAAUAGGGGCUUUAUCACGCCCUUUCAUCUUCUAUCCCUACACCUUUUUAGCUUUUAGCAUUAAUCACUAUGGGAUGAUGACAUUUCCAUAUAUUUCAAGGAAGAACACGUUGGCCCCCUUUUGACAUUACAUGUCCUCCUCACUUCCAUGUGAAACCCAUAUGGAGGGAAGAAGCCAGAAAAUGGAGGGACAGCCAAAAUAAAAGUAGAGUAGGCAACAGUCUUCGGUUUAAAUUCUGCCCCCGCCUCCUCCAUCGCAGAUUUUCUUUUCAAAAUUUGAGCAUUUUUUAUUAUUAUUUUAAAGCAUGGAAUUGAAGCGCCAUCACCAGCAGCAACAGUGUACUGCUCCUUCCACGCACACUUGUCCCCAGAUUUUCACCGCUAGAGACUUUUCCACCUUCUAUCUUCUAUCACUCUUUACAACAUGGGUGUCCCUUCAAGUGUUAUUCAAUUCCAGCUCCCAUCAGCCUCAGGCAGCAUGGCCAAUGGUCAGUGGGUGAUGGAACUUGUAGUCCAAUAACACAUAGGUAAAGGUAAAGGGGUAAAGGGACCCCUGGCCAUUAGGUCCAGUCAUGGCCGACUCUGGGGUUGCGGCGCUCAUCUCGCUUUAUUGGCCGAGGGAGCCGGUGUACAGCUUCCGACCAGCAUGACUAAGCUGCUUCUGGCGAACCAGAGCAGCACACGGAAAUGCCGUUUACCUUCCCGCUGGAGCGGUACCUAUUUAUCUACUUGCACUUUGACGUGCUUUCGAACUGCUAGGUUGGCAGGAGCAGGGACCGAGCAACAGGAGCUCACCCCGUCGCGGGGAUUCGAACUGCCGACCUUCUGAUCAGCAAACCCUAAGCUCUGUGGUUUAACCCACAGCGCCACCCACGUCCCUGCCAAUAACACAUGGAGGGCCCUAAUUUCUCACGCCUGGUCUUCAUGUUCAUCAUGCAAUUUAACUGUGACCAAACUCUAGGAAGUGAAGACCACCACACUUAAAAAAAGUGGCCAUAUUUUCUUCCUGUCACAUGCUGUUCCCCAUUUUCAAAACGAAAUACAGGGACAGUGGACUGAUUUUCACAGCAUGACCAUGCAUGAGGGCUCCUGGACAUGAGAUGGUGCCCGCUUUGCUUCUUCCCUGUUGCUCUGCUGCUGCACUAAACCAUGGUUUGACUUAGCAUGACCUCUGAGCCAUUAACUCUCCUGGACAAACCCAUGGGAUAAAUCUUGGUUACAGCUUGUGGUUAGUCUCACCAUGAACCUAGGUUUGGACAAUAUGCUAAGCCCGAGGCAUGGCUUAACUCAGCAGUAGAACAAUCGGGCAGGAGCAAAGUAGCCACAAUUUCCACUACAUCAUGUUUCGGUUUAACAUGAUGUGCGAAUCAGACCAUAGCACAUUUACAACGAUGCUCCUAUACUCACAACCCUUCAUGCACACACACACGUUGCACAUUGUUGGAAACUUUGCUGGCUGGCUGCGUUAUUUUUUUGCUGCCAUCAGCUGCCCACGUUGGCUUCUAAAGAAGGGGGUGUGAGUAACCGGAUUGGUAAACUGGCUGCAACUGGUUCCCUUUUUGUAAACGCAAGAUUAUUUAAUGAGACAGUUCAAUCUCAUUGGAUCUGUAUGUGCUCACUACAAAAUAGUUACAAUCAGUGCUUUUUUUCUGGGGGUACUCACGAGUACGCAGUACUGGACCUUUUUUGUUUUCAAAUGUUAAACAUGUGGCACUUACUUUAGCAAUUUCAUGGUGAGUACCAGCACCUUGAUAAUAACACUGGUUGCAACUCAAAACACAUCUGGCAAUAUUUAGUAUCUCGAUAGGCAGUUAGGCAGGGCCUCGAGGGGAACUGGUAGGCUGGCAUUCUUUGUUUAUAGACAACCGAGACAGAUUUAACCUAGUCACAGGCUAAAUCUGAUGAAUGCGAUUUAAGCACAUUCUCCCAGACAGAAUUGUCCUACAAUAUGUUGUUACUACGCCUAACAGUUCAAAAUGAGCCUCACCAGAUGCAAUGUGCGAAAUAGCAGCCUGCGCACUAGAUGGUGCCUUCAUCAUUACUCGAAAGAAGAGGCAAUUUCCUGCUCAAAAGAGUUCUAGAGUGGCAGAGGGCGGGGGGCCGGCAAAGUGUCAAUAAGGACAUUUAUGUUCAAAUGUAUUUUUAUACAUAUGAACUACCCUUCAUCCUCAUAGGUGCAAGGGUAUGUACAAGUGAUGCAACUAAACUAGUCAUACCCAGAUAAAUGCAAUACCCUCUUCCAAGGAGACCAAACACAUUUUAAAGCAGUUAAAGCAAUAGAACGGACUAAGAGCAAUCACCUGUACUUAAAGUGCCCAGGCAAAUACAAAGGUUUUACUCUGGUGCCAAAAGAAUUGUAGUGUUGGCACCAGUCAUAAAGUAUUAUUAUUAUUAUUAUUAUUAUUAUUAUUAUUAUUAUUAUUAAUUUUGUAAGUAAGACCGCAAACCUAACUAGCCUGCACAGUUUUUUACUACCUUGCUGGGGCAUGGCAGAGGAGGGCCGGAGAGAUCCAGCCUUCCUGCAGCAGCCCAAUACAUUUGUAUGCAGGGUCCAAGUAGGGGGUUUCCCUCCUGUAGCUGCCUGUUUGGUUUCUAUGAUGGAGGAAUGGUCCAUCCGUAAGGCAGAAUCCAUGGCAGACCUCCUCUACCACAACCAGAGAUGUAAGGAGAAGCAUCUGCAUUAGCUUCCGGUUUUUGGAGCGUCAUCAGAGACCUCUGCGCAGUUCCGCGGGGUUCUCACGAGAUCUCACCGCAACCUGGAGGCUACAACCUGUGGCGGGGGCAGCAAAGGAGGUUGCGUGGCAAAUGCACAGGGCGGCACCUUCUCCUCUCGCCUCAGGCGGCAAAAUGGAAUGGGCUACCCCUGGGAUGGAGCUCUCCACCAGCUCAUUUGCUUGCCUGCAUGGGAGUCCUUGUCACCAGUGACUACCAGUCAUUGUAGAUCCAAAGCUACAUUACUACUAACUACAAUACAGUUGUACCUUGGAAGUUGAACAGAAUCUGUUCUGGGAGUCCGUUUGUCUUCCAGAACGUUCAGAAACCAAAUGUUUGGAAGCUCCUGCAGCCAAUCGGAAGCGGCAGAAGCCCUGUUGGACAUUCAGCUUCCAAAAAUAGUUCACAAACCGGAACAGUCGCUUCUGGGUUUGCGGCGUUCGGGAGCCAAAAGCUUUGAGAACUAAACUGUUUGAAAACCAAGGUAUAACUGUAAUAACAUGCCACCAGUGUACAUAUGUGCACAUGUGUGUGCUAAGGACAACUGUAAAAGGCAACCUCACGGUCGCCUCCAAACACAAAAAUUGGGGCUGUAUUUUACUAGGGACAAAUGCCAGACAAUAAUGGCUGCCCCUGGAAAAUAGGGACGCAUGCAGUCAGCUUCCCUUUGGCUCCUUUCCCAUCUUCUCUAUGGUUGACACACUUAUAGCUCCCCCUUUCCGACUGUCUCCCCGCCUUUGGACAUGCCACCAGCUGCGCUGAGCUUGUGCUGCCACUCACUGGCUGCCAGAGGAACCAGCAGGAAGGACAGGAGGUUCCAAAGUUAAGAAGGAAGCUGCUGUCUGUGUACCAAGUGCCCUUCUGCAGCCCUAAUCCCCACGCCUUCUCUGCUUUGCUUUACAGAGAGCCGCAGUGACAAAGCCAAGCGACUCUUCAGGCACUACACGGUUGGCUCCUACGACAGUUUCGAUGCCCCCAGGUGAGUGGACGGUGAGCCCAAGAGGUUAGGCAAUCUGUGGUUGUGUGCAAGGUGGAAUUGUGUUGAAAUGUGACCGUGCAAAGGUGCACAGAGUUUAAGUGGAUUAACGGCAUAAAGGCCACCCUUUCUGGUGACAUCUUACUCGUAUCCAAAUAUAAUCAGUUUCUGUGUGUUGUUCUUUAGACUCAUGAAAACCCAUACACUACCUCCAGUCCAAAAAGCGAAGUUUUCUGAUUUUUGUGAGUGAAAUUCUAGGGCAGCCUCUCUAUCUAUGCUUGCAGCAUCAAAUCAAUAAGCCAUGAAAUGCAUGCGCAGCUUGCCUGUGAACACAGCCCCUUGCUGCCUCUUUGCGCAUGUGGUGAAACAAACCAGAAAGUCACAGUUAAGCAUAGCUUCCUAUCAUGUGAAAGCCAAGACAAAUAUGAUGAACAGCUUCCAAACAAGCAAGGAUGCAGUUCAAAAUCGGCGUCUGAAUCCUGUCUACUUUGGGAUUUUGCAUAACAGGGAGCUAUGAGUAACUCAUGCUUCCUGGCUUGUUUUACUGCUCAUGUAAAGAGAGGUAGCAAGGGAUAUGCUUUUGCAUAUCUUGGAUUAUUAAGCCAAGAUCUGAUCAUGCAAAUGUGGCUGUUGGGUCAGAAAUAGGGCAAAAAAACCAAAGGAUUUCAAGCUAAUCGAGAGAAAAAAAGCUAAUUUCAAAACUGUUGAAGGGGCAAUCUUUUUUUGCAAUUUUGUGGACAGUGGCUAUAAGAGGGAAUUAUAACUAAUUAACAAGUUGCUACUGAUUAUUAAUUAACUAACCUUAACUUUUGGAAACAUAAAAUAAUUUAACUUGCUCUUUGUGUUGUGGAAGCAAAGUAUCCAUGAGUUCAAGACAACUGGAUAUAUUUAUUAGGGAUAUCAUGUGAUUUUUCUGUUCUGUGGGCUUCAGGCCCUUCCAGACAAGAGCAUCUCUGGAAAUUUAGGUUGACGCAAUUAAAGUGGAUUUAAGCACUCUGUCGCCCCAGCACAACAUAUCCACUUUGAAAAAGAAACAGACUUUUUCCGCCUAGGAGAGUGGCAAGGAAACGCAUUGGAAAGUGUGAGAUGAACAUGUGAUUCACAGAGGUGCGUAAACAUCCUGCAGACAGAUCAGAACAAAUACCUGUACUCAAAACAGACCAGAUAUAAUCUAACUUCUAUAUAAGAUUUGUGAAAGCAAAUCAAGAUGAACACUCAAUAAAUAGGUCAUCUGCAGGAGCCCACAGUGAAAUUGGUGGAGGGGGGCAUCUUUAGUAUUUCCUCUGUGGCUUCUAGAACAGCCGCAACUUGAGACUGCUGAAGCUCACGAAGAAGAAGAAGAAGAAGAAGAAGAAGAAGAAGAAGAAGAAGAAGAAGAAGAAGAAGAAGAAGCAGAACUUUUAGGAAGGCUUAGUGAGAUUGCAACCUAUGCUCAGUUACCUGAGAGCAAGCCCUGUUGAACACAGUGGGACUUCUGAGUAAUAGGGCAUGGGAUUGCUCUGUGAAUAGGAUUUGCUUCAUACUUGGUAUAUAACAGUCUUUGGGAGUUGAGAAGGAACAGGUAUUGAUCUGCUUAUUACGUUCCUCUGUAGCGUGCGGCUUGGCUCAUUUGCUUGAGUCACAUAGUGAUGUGCUCGACAGGCAUCAUGGUGUGAUGCGUUCGGUUUACUCUGGCUGACUGCUUACGGCAGUGAUGGCCAAACUUGGCCCUCCAGCUGUUUUGGGACUACAACUCCCAUCCUCCCAAGCUAACAGGACCAGUGGUCAGGGAUCAUGGGAAUUGUAGUCCCAAAAACAGCUGGAGGGCCAGGUUUAGCCAUCACUGGCUUACAGCAUUCAAGAGUCUGAAUUAUUGAGAGUAAAGAGGGAACACACAGGAGGGGCACUAGUGCAUGUAAUAAGAAUGGAUUGGAUGGUUGUCUCAUCCUUUGCAGCCUGGUGGUUCUGUCAGGAGUCUUUGAAGGUUUCACAGUGAUUUCAAGUCAAAAGGUGGGAUAUGAUAAAGUGGGAACCUCGUGACAAAGAAGAUGAGAAGGAGUUGCUUGACAGUAGAACAGUCUCCCAUGGGAGGUUGCGGACUCUCCUUCCCUUGGGGUUUUUAAGCAGAGAUUGGAUGGUUGGAUGGCCAACUGUGAUGGAUGCUUUGGCUGAGAUUCAUGCCUUGCCUGGGGUUGGACUAGAUGAUCCUUGGGGUCCCUUCCAACGCCACAAUUCUACGAUUCUAUGACUGCUUUCUACACACAAGUUUAAGGGGCAGUCAUGUUUGUCUGCUGCAGUAAUGAAGAGUACCGUGGCACUUUAAAACAGGGGUUGCUAACCCCCAGUUCAAGGGCUUGUGAUCCGCCGCCACCCCAAAGUCCCUCUCCCAAAUUUUGGUGACGGCAGCAAAAAGAAAAACCAAAUGAAGCAGAGACAAAGCUGGAAUGGGAGGAAACCCCACACACAGAUGUGGAUGGAAAUUACCUCCUCCCCACUCAUCAGAUUGAUAAUUUAAUUAGCAAAAAGCAGUAAGACCCCUACUGCAUGAAUCACCUGAGGAUUGCUAUGGAUUCAUAGAAUUGACAUUGGAAGGGACACUGAGGAUCAUCUGGUCCAACUCUCUGCAAUGCAGGAAUUUGCAGCUGUCCCAUGCAGGGUUCGAACCUGCAACCUUGGCGUUACCAGUGCCUUGCUCUAACCAACUGAACUAUCCAGGCUGUUUAGUGUGCAUGUGAGAGAUUGUGGGGUAGCCGCACCCCUUUGGGCCAAACCCAGUGCUGUUACUUGGCCCCUGGAUGAAUGGAUGAACCACUUGGCCAAGAUGAAUGGGGCCCUAAAGCCAAACAGGGUUAGCUUUAAAGACCAUCAGAUUUAUUAUGACACAGACUUUAGGUGGACGAGAAUCCACUUCAUUCAAGGCAGCAAGCCCUAAGUGACUGUGAUUAAAGGUUUUGUUUCCUGAUUCCCAUUGGACAGUUAAGCUGAUUUUGCUUUACCUGCUUUGGCUUGAAACAUGUUGGAUUAUGGGUAACGUGUGCAUGCCUGUCAAAAAGAAUAACAUUUACUAAGAAACUGCUGAGGCCCCGUAUGGAUGGAAAGAAUGCAUUAGAAAGCCCGGAGGAGCAUACAUGUAUUCCCAUAAUGGAUAACAAUGUCUUUUUAAGUUAUAAUAAUUUUUAUUAGUGGUAGUACUAGUAGCGGUGAGAGUGGUAGAAAGCAUAUUUCUGUGGCUAGAUGCCUUACGGUUGGAGAAGGGAAAAAACAAAAGACUUCCCAGAAGCUAAAAAUCUAAAGGAUUUUCCUAUUUUUCUUUUGUACUCCCCAAGUCAAAUUGUAAUCUAGUACUUAUCUGCAGUGCUUUUUUUCUAGAAAAAUAGGUGCCAGUACUCACCAUGAAGUUGUUAAAUGCCACACUUUUUAACAACAACAACAGCAACAACAACAAAAAGAGAUGCCAGUACUGCAUACCCUUGAGGAUCCCCAUGAAAAAAGCACUGCUUAUCUGUAACUAUAAGCAUCUGGUCAGGAUGCUAGAUCAAGUGGGCCACUGACCUGAUUGAUGCGGUUGGAGCUGUGGUCUAAACCACGGAGCCUCUUGGGCUUGCCGAUCAGAAGGUUGGCGGUUCAAAUCCCCGCAAUGUGGUGAGCUCCCGUUGCUCUGUCCCAGCUCCUGUGAACCUAGCGGUUUGAAAGCACACUAGUGCAAGUAGAUAAAUAGGUACCACUGUGGCAGGAAGGUAAACGGUGUUUCUGUGCGCUCUGGUUUCCAUCAUGGUGUCCCGUUGCGCCAGAAGCGGUUUAGUCAUGCUGGUCACAUGACCCGGAAAGCUGUCUGUGGACAAACGCCUUGGCCUGAAAGCGAGAUGAGUGCUGCAACCCCAUAGUCGCUUUUGACUGGACUUAACCACCCAGGGCUCCUUCACCUUUUUACUUUGGCCUGAUGCAGCAAACCUGUUUUAUGAUAUGACAUGAUAACAUUUAUUUUAUAUUAUAUUCAGAAAGAGAGACUACUGCUUUGCCAUGCUCAAAACACUCGCUUAGAUCAUCUCAGCAGUCUUUACAUCAACCCAGUAAUGUAGACAGUAAUGUACUAUCCUUGCAUUAAAAAGGUAAAGGUAAAGGGACCCCUGACCAUUAGGUCCAGUUGUGACCGACUCUGGGGUUGCGGCGCUCAUCUCGCUUUAUUGGCCGAGGGAGCCGGCGUACAGCUUCUGGGUCAUGUGGCCAGCAUGACUAAGCCGCUUCUGGCGAACCAGAGCAGCGCACGGAAACACCGUUUACCUUCCCGCCGGAACGAUGCCUAUUUAUCUAUUUGCACUUUGACGUGCUUUCGAACUGCUAGGAUGGCAGCAGCUGGGACCGAGCAACGGGAGCUCACCCCAUCGCGGGGAUUCGAACCGCCGACCUUCUGAUCGGCAAGUCCUAGGCUCUGUGGUUUAACCCACAGCGCCACACUUGCAUCCUGCCCCUCCUUCAGGCAGCUCAGAGCAGCAUACAAUAUCAUCCUAUGCACACAUCUUGCCCUUCUAACAACCUUGCGAGGCAGGCCAGUCACUAGGCCACACAUCCCAUAAGACUCAUGAAGCAGGUCUGCCUCCUCAGGCCUAGUGCGAUGCUCUAACCGCUAUGUAGCACCAACUGUCCUGGUGGCUCGCCAAUGGGCCAAACUAAAUGUGGUGGCAGAUCUGUGUGUCUAAACCUGGAUCUGCUACAAUCACUUAAAAGGAACUGUUGGAGGGGCUGAUUUAAGGAAGAAAAGAGGGUAUGAGGAGAGCUAACCUGCCGCCACUGCUACAGAUUACUUCCUUGGAACCCCUCUGUACUCACUAGGGAUGGAUGAAUCUGUCGAUUUUGGUUUCCCCCAUUUUCCUGUCUUCAGUUUUCCUCCUUUCUGCAGCAGCAUGAAAAUCCAUCAGCAUUUAGCAGAAGCAUUUCCCGAAACACUUUCCCAUGCAGUUUUCUCUAAUGUACACUUUUUGCAAGCGAUUCCCCCUAAUAUAAUGCAUCUUUGUAUGCUCUUUUCACCAAUACAUGAAUUUUUUGCGCACAUUUCACCUUUAAAAUACAAUUUUUUUGUAGACGUUAUUUGUUUGGAGAACUGCACCACACAAUUCAGAGAAGUGCAGAUUUUGAAAGGUAGCUGUGUUUCAGUCCUCAUAUGUUCCAGGAAGUGUGAAUUGGGGAGCUUCAUAAUGAAACGUGAGCUGAACUUCAUUUCUCCCAUGCACCCAUGCGCUCCUUUUGCUUCUUAAACCUCCCCAGUUAUGGCAGGUACAGAUUUUAAACCCCCAGAUCUGCUAAUGUCGCAUCUACUUUGCCUCAGCUGCUGAUUUAGGCAGAUGCAGCUACUCUUGUUACAUCUGGGGGCAACAAUAUAAAGCAACUUGUCCUGGUUCUGCUUUUGACAUAUUCAGAAAACUCGGCUACUUCAGGUUUUCAGCUUUGUUAGGCACAAAACCCUGUGCAGCCACAAAGCUGGAGGACCAGGCAGUUUCAGCUCCUAAAAUAAGCAGAAAGGCCUCUCUUUGCCUCUAAGUAAAGGGUGGGAAAUCUGUGGCCCUCCAGCUGACAUCUGUCCCAGCCACCAUAACCAAUGGUCUGGGAUAAUGGGAGUUGUUUCCAAACCGGGGCCAGCCCAAGACAUUUCAGCACCUGAAAUGGCCUUCCCUCACUCCCCACCCGGAAAGAAGGGGGUCAGGGAAGAUCUACAUCAGGGACAAUGAGGGAGGGGGAUAGAAUGAUUGAUGUUGAGAUCUGCCGCCCCGGUGGACCCUGCCGCGUGAGGCUGCCAUCUCACCUCGCCUCACAGGUGGGCCGGCCCUGCGUCCAGCGACAUUGUGAAGGCCUCAGAUUCCCCAUCCCUGCCUCCCAUAAAUGCACAAGUUCCCACUGGUUGGGCCACUGGCAAAAUAUCUCUGAGCUUCUGUCUCCUACAUCUGGAGGAGGAGGAGCCCAAUUUUUCAGCUCUCUUAUUAGACUAAUUAUGGUAGCACCCACCACUUCCAGAUCGAGUUACAUGAAUCAUUUACUCGGCACUUACAGUGCACAAUGUGCUUUAUUAUCUUUACCUUGAUUAGCCUCUCAAGAAGCCUGGGAGAUAGAUGGGGGACUGAGACAGUGCCACUUGCCCAGGGUCAUCCUGUGGAGUGGGCUUUCUCGGCUUAAGGCUGCAUUCACAGCACAUUACUUCCUCCCCACCCCCCAUCCCAGAAGAAUCCUGCAGGCUGCAGUUUGCUAAGGGAGCUGGGAAUUGUAGCUCUGUGAGGGGGAACUAUGGUUCCCAGGAAUUUUUUUGCCGGGGGGGGAGGGAAGCCACAUGUUAUAAAUGUAUGGUGUAGACACAGCCCAUGUCCAUGUUCCAUAUUCUGCCAGACUGAGUCUGCAAUCCUCUCAUUCAGAGGCUUUUGCCCUUAAAUGCAGCCUAAAAAUAUUGUAAAUGCACUACAGUGGUGCCUCGGGUUAAGUACUUAAUUCGUUCCGGAGGUCCAUACUUAACCUGAAACUGUUCUUAACCUGAAGCACCACUUUAGCUAAUGGGGCCUUCCGCUGCUGCCACUGUGCCGCCGCCGCGUGAUUUCUGUUCUCAUCCUGAUGCAAAGUUCUUAACCUGAGGUACUAUUUCUGGGUUAGCGGAGUCUGUAACCUGAAACGUAUGUAACCCGAGGUACCACUGUACGUUGAAACCACUCCCAUUGUGCCACCAUACCCAGCUCCUGUUGGAGUUACUGCAUUCUCAGGAUUCCCAAUUGUAUAGACCUUUCCAAGUGUCCCUAUUUUCCAGUGACAGUCCCGGAUUUACAGAACCCGCCCCGGUUUCUGGUUCGAUCCUGGAAUGUCCUGCUUUCCUUUAGGCCGUCCCUAAUUUCAUUGGAGAACUGUUAGAGGGUAUGCAGUUUCACACUCUCCUCCUCUUUUCCAGUCCCGGAUCUUGAAGGGAGCAAAACUGCAGGCCCAGCACCAGCACCUGCCACUCUAGGGCAGUGGUUGAGACCCAGGCAGUGGCAGGGCCCACCUGCGCUGAUGUCUUGCGGUUUGACAGCCGGCCAGUGAUGGGUGUUGCCUGGGGAGAUUUCUGGGGGCCACACAGAGAGGCCUAGAGGGGCACAUUUGGCCAAUGCACCUGAGGUGUCCCAUCCCUGCUUUUGCAGGAGUUUGAACCUGAGAAAACACCUUGAUCUCUCCAUACUUCCUCAGGUGCUAACUUUUGGGUUUUGUGGAACUUCCAGGGAGUUUUAUUUUUAUUUUUACCGCUGUAGAGCAGGAGCAGGGAAACAUUUUUUUUCAGCCCAAGGGCAGUCUUCCCUUCUGAGCAACCUUCAUACAGUAGGCUGGUUUCUACACACACUGACACACCCUUGUAUAUCUUCCAACCAGGCAAGGAAGGGGCAUCAUCAGAGUUCAAGGACACAUUCCAACCAGGCAAAAAUACUAGGGGUGCUAAGCAGGGCCUGUGAGGGGAGCAGAGGCGAAUUUAGGGGAGCACAACUGAUUCAGUUGCACUGGGGGCAGACCUGCAGAAUCGCCACAGGGAGCGCCACAGCUAUGAUUUAGAAUGGAGCUUGAGAAGGCAAGGGGACUGAAUUUUGGCUUUGCACAGGGUGACACUGAACUUUGAGAUCCCAGAGUCUGCCACUGAGGAGAGUGAUUUGAGGAGGGUGUGUGCAACCUGUAGAAUAAUUCCAUCGGCCAGGUAGGAGAGGCCUGAAGGUCCACAUUUGAUCCCUGGACUUGAGGUUCCCCACCUAUGUUGUAGAGCAGGGAUGUCCAACCGGUCGACCGCGAUCGACAGAUCGAUCCCUGGGUGACAGUCGUUGAUCACGGGCUCAUUUUCCUCCGUGGGGGGAAAAAGAGGACCCAGGCCCGCCCCCUCACUUUGUCCUUUAAUCUCGCACGAUUGCAAAAACGGAAGACGGAGUUAUGGCGCGCCCCCCCAAAACCAGCAGAAGUAUGGCAUCCCCCCCUCAAAUAAGCUCAGCAACUUUUGCUUCCCCCCCAAAAAGCCACCCUAAAAAAAUCUCAACAACUUUGGCUUGCCCGCCCCUCCUCCCUACUUUUUCCAGAAGUAGAUCACAAUCUCUUGGGAGUUGGACGUCAAUGUUGUAGAGCUUUUAAAAUGUGAUUGCCUACCCGCAGCCUGAAUUGAUAAAACCCACUCUGCUGACUCCAUACCCUCCAACAUUUCUUUGAUGAAAAUUGGGACGCCCAAUUCCAUAAUAAAAAAAUAAUGAUGAUGAUUUUACUGUUUGUACCCUACCCAUCUGACUGGGUUUCUUCAGCCACUCUGGGUGGCUUCCAACAUAUAUGAAAACUAAAUGAAACAUUAAACAUUGAAAGCUUCCCUUCAGAUGGCUUGGAUAACUCCAUAGCCACCAACAUUUCUCUGAUGAAAAUAGGGACGUCCUAAGGACAUUCUGGGAUCAAACCAGAAACCGGGAUGGCUUUUAGAAAUCCGGGACUGUCCCUGAAAAAUAGGGACACUUGGAGGGUCUGCAGCUCAGGUCUCUUACCCCUGAUCCAGCUGGGCUGGUAGCAGCACUUGGCACCCCCAGGCAACUGCCUGGUUCCGAAAGUCUGGUGCGACCCACUGGCACUGAUUCCUGCCUUAAACCCCCUCCCCCUGCUCACCCAACAGGAGGCAGCUACAAGGAGCCAUUUAAAUUUCCCACAAUAUCCUGGAGUUACACUCAGCUUGGCUCUGUGGGGCAUUGUGGGAAAAUUAAAACCAGUGCCGUCCAGUGCCACACCACAGGGUCUGAUUAGUGGGAGGCUCACAGGCAGGCAUGAGAGAAGACCCCCCAAAGGACACUGUGCUGAGGAGCCCCUCAAAUCUGGAGCAGGCCUUGGUGUGCCGACUCAAAGGCCUGGUGGAGCAGGCGAUUGCCGCCCGCUAACCUGCUGCCAGGCCCCACGACCAUUUCCCAGUCCCUGCAGCUCCAAAUGGUUACUGGACUCUGUCUGUAGCUCCCCAGCCUACGCUUCUUAAAUCUCAUACAUAUUACCGCUGUCUCAGUUUACAGGCCUCUUGUCAGCCCAUAAAUAAAAAGAACUGACAAGAGGUGGCAAACUUCCCAGGUAGAUUAAAAGUCUGAUGUAGACUCAAGAUUUCUUAAGUCCUCUCUGGGCACAUCUUAAACUGAAAACUUAAAAGCUGACUAAAGUAGUCCAUUCUUAGAACCUGGCAAGGGUAAACCAUACAUUUAAAACCCCACAGGGAGGAAAAAUGAGAAUUUGAAAACAGCAGGUGGGGAGAGGAUUAAGCACCUUCUCUCAUUCUCCCUCACCUUAGAAUUCAUAGAAAUUUCAGCCGUCCCUGGGUGGGCUCAAACCAGCAACCUUCUGGUUAACAGCCAGGCACACUGACCCAUUGCGCCACGAGACUUCCAUGCUACCACUUCCCUGAUAUCAAUCACAGUUUCUUAAGGGUUACUGGCCUAUAGUUAACACACUUUUGUGUGUGACAUGUAGUUUACCCUUGAUCCUAAUUGAUACACCAAUCUUUUUUUUUUAUUUAAAAAAAAUACAUUUAUGCAUUUUAUAUAUCUUAAUACAUCAGUUAUACAAUUGUCAUCAUUCAUCUUACACUCUUUGACUUCCACACACAUCCCUCCGUGAGGUCUUAUUUUGUCCUUGUUAAGCUGCAUCUCCUUAAUUACCACCCCUCUUCUACUUGUUUUAACUGCUGCUCAUAUAUCUAACCCCACUUAGAAGCUUAUCUGAUUGUUAUAGUUCUUUAAAUAUUCACCAAACUAUUCCCACUCAUCUUGAUUUCUUAUCUUUGCAGUCAACAUUGCUAGCUCUGCAUAUUCUAUUAGCUUAAUCUGCCAGUCUAUUUUCGCGGGACUAUUUUUGUCCUCCCACCUUUUGACAUAAAUUAUUCUAGCUGCUGUUAUUGCAUAGAGGAAAAGACGAAGUACUUUCUUGGGUAUUUCCCCCUGUACUAUACUCAAUAAGAACAUCUCUUGUUUCUUGGAACCCUAAACAUCUUUUUUAGUUCUGAGUAUAUCAUCUCCCAAAACUCUUUGGCUUUCUUGCAACUCCACCACAUGUGUAUAAAUUUCCCUUCAGUCUCUUCACAUUUCCAAGAUAAAUUGGUGAUACACCCAUCUUCUAUGACUUAGUGUAACCUCCACACACACACACAGCAUGUACACUACCUCUACAAUUCUGGCACCGGGAUGACAGGCUUCUUUGCUCUCUCUCAUGCCCAUUGAACCUCUUUCACCAACAAUGGUUGGUGCCCAUGCAGUCUAUAGGGCUGAAUGCAGGGAGACUAACAGUAGGUGGAGCCAGACCCAACGGCAGGCAGAGCCACCCCCUAGACUGGUUGUAAGGAAAGAGGCAGCUGACUGGGGACAGACUGAGGUUGGUGGGUCAGGGCUGCAUUCGCCCUAAUGGACUGACCUCUACUGUCAUUCACCCUCUCCUGGCUCCAUAAACAGCAACAUAAAAGAAAAAGUGCUAAGGUGAACAAGUACAAAUGAAGCUUGUCACUUUGCUGGAGCCUUCCUGCUCUCCUGCCCGAAACCCUUUUGUUUCACCCCAAAACUAAUAUCAUUACUGUAGAGUCAGCUCACAUCCCCUACUCUAGUUUCCAAGCCAUAUGUUCCUCAACUCUCCUCCUUACUGUCCUGAUAUGCCCCAAAUUCUGAUCCAUGUCCCCACUUGCCUCUGAAGGAGGAGGAGGAGGAGUUUGGAUAUGAUAUCCCACUUUAUCACUACCCUAAGGAGUCUCAAAGCGGCUAACAUUCUCCUUUCUCUUCCUCCCCCACAACAAACACUCUGUGAAGUGAGUGGGGCUGAGAGACUUCAGAGAAGUGUGACUAGCCCAAGGUCACCCAACAGCUGCAUGUGGAGGAGCGGAGACACGAACCCGGUUCCCCAGAUUACGAGACUACCACUCUUAACCACUACACCACAAUUCUGACCUCCUCCCCCACAACCCCAGCCAUUCCCAGGGCUGGCAAUUCUGCCCUCCUUUGUGACCCACAUGCCACAGGGAACAUCUCAGUGUUCUGAUGGGGUUUUUUAUGUGCACGACUGGCUCCCUUCGUCUGUUCCGUCCCUCGGGCUCCUGCCUGUGACCCUCAAUCUCAAACCACUGUCCUCCACAGUUCAACCUGCGCUCUGCCCCACCCUUCCCCGUCGCCCUGGAUCCUUCCAUUUGGCUCUCCCUCCCCAGCGGACCCAGUUAUUCCGAGCCUGUGUGCCGCAGAUGCUCCGAUUCGCACUGCGCUGUGUUUCCUUCUGUCGGCAUAUGUCCUUGAGCUCAGAAGGCAGGCAGUGCAUCCGAAACUGGGCUGGCUUUGAAUCUGGAAACGGGAGCGCUUGAUCCGGAGCUCUUGGCCGAGGUGCCGCCGCGGAGGGUCUGCUCGCCCGUGCAGAAGCUCGCCCCUCCUUCUUCCCACCACGGGGCUCGCACGAUUCCUGCUUAGGGUUCUUGGUGCCAGGUGGCUGGAUAGGCCCAGAACCCCCUGGGGCAGUGGUCUUUGCCUGCAGCCAGACAGAGAAGAUGGGUCAUGCCAGGAUGCCAGUGGCCACGUGAACCAGUUGGGCAGCACCAUGGGGACAGAUGUGACUGGGUGAGUGGCGUGGGUGUUAGACCGGCCAGGGUGGGCAGUGUGUAACGGGAGUGCUUUGGUGGCAGGGAAAUAAUCAGCGCGCAUCUCCCCCCUUCCCUGUUGUGACCCAUUUCGCUUCACCUGUGUCCUGACCUGCUUCUGUAACGGGAAUAAAAUUUGAAGUGGGAGACUUGUUUGCUAGGGCAGGACAAGGUUCACCCACCAAUGGGGGAGAUAAAUCUCUUGACUCCGAAGGACUAAGAAGCAUAAGUCAUGAGAAGGCAGGUGCAAUCGUUGCGGGGAAGUGUGUGUUGAAGGAGAAGGCUGUUAGUUUUUGAGAGUUUGCACACUGUGCCUUGCAAAGAGCUGUGCAUUGUUACUUCACCGCUGUGCGUGCCAAGUUCCUGAACGUUGUGUGCCCAUGUAGGAGAGAAAGACUGAGAGCUUAUGCACACUUGAUGUUUUGUCCCAUUUAUCCUGCCCAGGGGGCAGAAUAGUUUUAGUUUUAUACUGCAGCAGCAGUUGCUCCCACCUUCUGUAUUGUGUCAGAAAUAGGCAGUUAGUUUCCCCUUCAUGCUGACCUCUUGUGAAUCACCUUUAGCCACUGCUUAACGGUAGGCUCUGAAUUUAUGAGGGCAAACCUGCAGCUGAAAUACUGCAGAGAGUAAAGCAGCCUUGGCUGGGUGGGCAGGAUGAGAGAGAUUAAGAGAAGUAACAUGUCCAGAGGAGGAAGGGUUAAGCGCGAGCGAGCGCGCGCACACACACACACACACACACACACCCCACACCCUGCUUCUCUUCUCAAAAUGGGCCUCUCCCAAAGCUGUUUUUCAUUUCUUUUUUCUUUUCUUUCUUUCCUUCCUUUUAUUUCUUUUAAAAAACUCUUAAGCCUUUAUUGCAUGCAUCUGCAAGUUACUUGCAGUUUGCCCCCAUCUGAUGAGCCAAACAUCACCACAGGUAAUGUGUCACUCUAGUUCAGUGUGUGUGUCACCUUAUCGAGAUCGUUUAAACAUUACUGACCUUGUGACAGUGUGCCUUUUGCAUACAUAUCAAUAUCAUGUCUCUGUACAUACCAGCAGUCUGAAAAAUAGCAUUUCCUCCCUCCCCCAAUCAACUUUUGUGGCUAUAGGAAUGUGUGCAUUUCUUUUUAAAAAUAUAUAACAAGAAGCAUCAAAAAGUAUCUAAUUUGUCUGAUCUACAGCACAGCUACUUGAGUGAACUUCUGCCAAUUGGGGGUGGGGGUGGGACAUGUGGGGCUGCUUUCAAUGACAUAUAUUGAGGGUCUUGGUGGCUCAAAGCCUUUGCAUUGAAGUUUAGCCUUGCUUAGUGAUAAAUACCUGCCAUUCCAUUUGUCAAAGACUUUUAUGCACUCCAGAGGAAGAUAUCCUUUCCCUUGUUCUGUUAUGUUCUCUGGGGACCCCACCCCCAAAGCAACUAUCUGUGUAGCCUACCAUGCAAAUACCUUGUUGUGCAGCCUUGCAAAUAUAUCUGUGUAAGUUAUUAUCUUGUUUGUAGGCGCCUGUGUUAGACAUUUGUGACCUUUAUAAAAAGAACCACUUUUUGUAAAAGGAACACCUUCAUGGAAAUUUCCUAGAGGAAAUUCUUUAAGGUGAGCAGGACGAUUGCUCUUCACAAGCCUGCCUGCUUGUAUGUGUGAGUGUGCAAAUGCAAAUAUGACUAGCCGUACAUGAAGAAUACUAGCUUAUUUUACAUGUCUGUGAGAGAAAGAUGGUGGGCGGGUGGGGCGAUGGUGCUGUUCUGCAACUUGAAGGAUGCUACAGAGAGAGUUGCAUGAUGGUUGGGAAGAUAAAGCACAACCUUACCUGCAAAGGUUAAUUUAUAAGCUCCUCUGAAUUCAGCACAGCAAACUCCCAAGUAAACUUUCACAGGGCACCAACGCUGUGUGCUAAGAAGUAACGCUCACUCACCAAAAUUGUAUUCACUGCCAAGUUAUGCUGCUAUAAAGUCUCUGUGUGUGGUCCUAUGCACAUUUUUGCUUGGAGGCAAAUCCCAUAGAAAUCACUGGUACUUGUAGCUUUCUCCUGAGCACGCGUACUCUGAAGUAAGGGUGAAUUCAGGUGCACCCUAUGAUGUAUAUGCAGGAACUAUGUGGAAUGUAAUGUGUAAAGGGAUUUGGGACUGUGAUGGGCUCUGGUGUUCCUGAAUGAAAAAGCAGCUGUCGAAACCUUGCUUGCUGAAAACAUGGCGGCAAUGGAGCCAUUCAUGCAUUUGGGGUCACCCUGUCCCACUCAUUGCUGAUUUUCUAUCCAAGGCUCCCUUCUUCCCUGAAUACCGAGGGGGAGCUGCAGCUGGUACUGGUACCACUGCUUAAGGGAGAGUUGCCUAGCCCCAAAUGCAGCUAUGGCACCAGGAGCAGGGGACUAGAUAAAGAUUCCCUUCUCCAAACAGCUGCCCCAAUUCCAAAGGCAAAUCCAUUCCCUCCUGUGGCUGUUCCUAUAGGGACCCGUCAUCCAGUGCUAAAAAGUCUUCCUGUUGGGAGUGAGGAAACCUAUUUAUACAGGGAUCCUAGAGCCUUUUGACAGGAGGACUCGAGAGGGGAUCAUAAGGGAGCUCUUUCCAGAGAGAUGGAGCCAGCUGUUCAGAAAGCGAGCCAUUGCCUAGACCUAAAAUUCAGUUUUGUCACAGAGUGGAAAGGCAACCGUAGCUGGCUUGGCCUUGGUGGCUUCUAUUUCCACAGGGUAUCCUCUCAUACGGAACAAGCCCUGCUGGUUUUGACUAAGGAACGGACAUUCAGUCUAGCAUCCUGUUUCCCAUAAUAGCCAGCCAGAUGCCUCUGGAAAACCCACAAGCAGAACAUGCUUAUUGCCGCCACCCCCAGUGGAUAGAGGCUUCUUCCUUUAACUACCGUAGCCAAUAGCCACGGAUGGUCUCAUCCUCCGUAACUUUGUCUAACCCCCUUUUAUGGCCAUCUAAGAUAGCAGCCCUCGCUACUUCUUGUGGCAUGGAGUAACAAAAAACAUGAAUGAGGUGUUGGGGUGAAGAAGGGCCCUUUGGGUCGUCUGUCCAGUCUCCUCUGUUGUCAUAGGGUGCUGCUUUCCAACUGAUCAGGUAGAGCGCAAAACAGUCUUAAUUGAGGAAGGAUUUGUCUUUGGGGGGUGUGCGUUUGUGGUGGGAGGGGGAAGACCAUGAGCAUCAUGUCUCUUGCAGUCUUUACUUUCUCAAAAGAGAGGUGCCCGAACUCAUGCUUCUCUCGUGUGUGUGUGUGUGUGUGUGUGUGUGUGUGUGUCGGGUGCACGUGCGCUCUGCUUGCGGCUACUCGGCGCCAGGCGCUCUGCACAUGCUCAGAGGCGCGGGGCUCCCUCUCGCCGCUACCCACGACCGACCGAGAGGUUGAGCCAGCUGGGCCAGCCAGCCUGCCAACCAUCCGGCCGGCCUGCCCGCUUCCUGCAGUGCCGCGGCAUCGCCGGGUGCGCCUGUGCGCAAGGGGUUAAGCAAGCGUGCCGGCUGGUCGGCGUGCGCUCUCCCGCUCGCUCCGGCGGCGGCGUUGGACUCGGCUCCUGCUGCCAAUGAACAAGGCCGGCAGGCCGGCCUGCCCGCCAGCCCCCCGCUCUUCUUCUCCUCCUGCUCCGUCGUCGUCCUUUCCCUGCUUCCUUCCUUCCUUCCCGCGGUGCCAUGAUGUGAGUAUGGUGCAGCCCUCCCGCCGCUGCUGCUGCUGCCGCUACUGCCGCUAUUGCGCCCCCCGCCCGCCUCCCCAUCCCACCGCGCGCCCCUAGAAUGUGGCUGGGCCCCACGGCGGCGGCAGCGGCGGCUGGGGGCCUGGGAUCAACGGCGGCGGCGGCGGAGCCAUGGCCCGCUACGACGGCGGCGGCGGGAGCCAGCAGCAGCAGCCGGCCCUCUCGUCCAGCUGGCCGGCCCUGGGGCCCCGGCGCCGGAGCGUCUGGUACAUCUACAGGUACGGUCGGAAGAGGAGCAGGAGGAAGCGGAGCAGCCAUCGGCAGGCACGGCCGUGGGGCCCUGGCCCGUGCGGCGGCAGCGGCGGCGGCCUCCCAGCCCAGCGGAGCCGGCCCCCAUUCAUGCCUCGCGGGCCCCCUUCCCCGGCGCCCCAUUCAUCCCUUCGCCUCGCGCCCGCCCUCCGCAGCCCAUUCACGCCCGCGCACCCGCCCGCCAUUCAUGCAGCCAUUCAGUCAGUCAUCCAGCGCCGCUGCCGGCUCCCAGCUCGCGCCCUCCGCGCACAACGCCUCCCCCGCUCCAUGCAUCCGGCCAUUCAGCCUGCGCGCGCCCGCCCGGAUUGAUGGAUGGAUGGAUGCGAGUGGGAGCCACGGGGGGACGAUGCUGACGGUGUGUGAUGGGUUGAAGGUGCUUGCCAGAGAGAUUAGGUAUGUGAGCGCGCGCGCGCGAGGCAGCGAGGGAGAGUCCGGGGGGGGGGGCAGAGAUUAGCAUGCCUCUUACGGAGAGAGGUGUGUGUGCCUGUUUUUGAGAGGAUUGCGCGUGUGUGCGCGCGCAGUGUGCGUCAGUGAGGGCUUGUGUGUGCGUGUGCAUGCAUCUCUACAUACGGGUCGGGGUGUGCUGUGUGUAUGGUUAGGUAUUCGUCUACACGGUUUGUGUGCCUCUGUAUGGCUGCACAGAGAGCAUCUGGGAAUGAUUUGUGCAAGGUAUGCAUGGUAGUGCCUCUGUGUGCAUGAAGAUUCUUGAGGGUGGGAAACGACAUGGGUGUAGACUCUCCGUGUACACUGUGAAGUGGCUGUGGGUACUUAUGUGUCUGUGAAGUUUGAAUGUGUGUGUAUGUGUGUGCACAUCUGCAUGGGCGCCAUCCGCUGCAUACAGCUUCACUAUUGAUUAAUGCUGCCGUCAUAACUGUAUUGUGCCCUGAGAUUACGGUGGCUGAGGAGUUCUGGGAAGCAAAGUAUUGUAUGUGUGCAUGUGCCUCUCUAUGAUGUAUAUGUGUUAAUGUCUGGUCUAUGCAUAUGCACAGAGCUGUGUGCUGGUAAGCAACACACAUGCAUUCUGGAUUAUGGUUUGUUCUGUUCUUCAUAGUAAAAGCCUGACCCUGUGGAACAUGAUGUGCUACAUCCUCUACACAUACUAAACAACACUCCUUCCAAGCAUGUGCAUUGGUUAUGUACACAUGUAGUGAUAUAUCUUUGUGACAGUCUGUUGCAUGCAGACAGUUUUACAUACAGGUUUGUUCAUGAGUAUAGUGUGUUUUAAAUAUGAUCCUCCUCUCCCUACCCCCCAGUUCACCUUUAACAUCCAUAUGAAAAUUUGUGCAGUUGCACGUUGUGGUCUGUGGAUCCAAAUGUAUAUAUUUGGUGCAUGAACAUAAGCUUAACUUACUGUGUGCAUACAGAUUACUGCAUUGACUUGUGAACAUUUGAGCAUAACACGCAUGCUUCAACGCAUGCUGUCACAUUUAUCGUAUCGGCGCGUUAACCCUUGAAUAUGUACACCAGUCCCUGCAUAUAUUAUAUCUAAUGGAAUAAGCCAUGCACUUUUUAAUUGGAAGAUUGAGCUUCCAAAUCCCUUUACAGUUACACUGCAGUGUUGAAAACUGCAGCUGUGUGCAGCUAGGUUUAGUUGUAUCUUGGAUUGGGCCUGUGAGGAUAAGGAACAAAAGGGAGAUCUUUCCAAGGCCUUGUUUUGUCAUGGGUUUCUGCAGAGAACUCAUAUAUGUGUUAAAUAUAUGUUAAUGUUAUGAUACGAUGAUCUCAUCAAAGGAAAACUGUUCUGUCACUUGCAGUUUGCUACCUUAGGGUGCUGGGUCUGGGUGUCCAAAAUGCUGGGGGGAGAGAGGUUUUUGCUUCUGUAAAGCACUGUUGUGAUAAGUGCCCUCGCUUCAGAAGAUGGGACUUGGAGCAAGAAAUGUGAGCCGCUUCCCUGUUCUUGUUCCUUUCCACUGGUUGGGUCCAUGUGGAUCGCUAGAAUCUCACGGGUUCUAACCUCGAGAGGCUUGGCCUUGAACUAAGAUGCUUGAUAGUCCUUUCUCCCAUGCUUCUCUCCCAGGGAUAUUCUGUGCAGGAUUACGUUUCCCUAAUGUAGAGGAUCUGUGUGAAGAUGGGGACCAGGAGAUGGUGUGGGAGUUUUUUUUGCUUGUGCCACUUAUACUUGGAGGUACACGGAAGCCCAAAGUGUCAGUCUAGCACAUGACGAAGGUGCAUUGUUUUGGUUACUGGGUGGCAUUUGAGAUGCAGUAAAUAAAUAUACUUUAGAAGUAUUUGGGGUGCUGAGCAUCGCUGUGUUUCAGGUGGGGAUUAGAUUUAUACAAGGUGUGAGGAUGUUAUCACCAUGCAUGUACAUGCUGGGGCUCAGGAGUUCACUCGUGAGCAUGGUGAGCUGUGCUCUAUGUGAGAUGGUGUCUGUUCACUUGGCACCGCUUUCCCAAGUCUGCUCUGUAUCCAGGAAAUCUCCUUCUGUCGGCAGCGUUGCUAUCUGUGGGUGUGGCAGCACCGCACAUUUCUGUUCACUGCGUGUUGCUUGUAUGUGUUCGCCUGCCAGUCAAAAAUGUGCUUAAAAAGAGCACAUCUCUUACACACAUACCUCUUAACUGUGUCCAAUAUGGACUGUGCGUGUUUCUCUUUCUAAUGCUUUGUGCGCAUUGAAUAGCACCUGUGGUGCGCUAAGGGUAUGCUUUCUACAGACUCAAGUAAAUAUGGGAUAGGUUAGCGACCCACCAGAUCAAGCUGCUCACCAGCCACGUGUAUCGUGUGGCCUGCUAGAUGCUUUGAUGGCCUUCCUGUUUCUGCAGUCCUGGCAGGCAACAAAAAGAGGUUUAGUAAGUCCUUGGUGGCACAUGACCUGUGGGCUAAGUUUGGCUCAGUGGACCUGUUGUAGACACUGCUGUGGGUGCAUGUUGUAAGGCCUGUAACUGGGAUCCAUGAUGAGGGAAGUAACAUAUGGAAACUUGGAGGAAUGCUGUCAGGGCAGCUGGAGUGGCAGUGCUUGUGGUUAUUGACUAGAAUUGUAGGAUUGCCAAAGAGGGAGCUCCUUCUGCUGUCUGUUUCCCUGUCAGAUUGCUGUCAGCAGUGAACUCUGGAUCCUUUGAGGGGUGGGGGUGGGGGGUUGAUAGUACCAGCACAGUGAAGCCUGCAGAGUACUUUUGUCAUAUCCAGUGAACUGGAUUUAUGGCGGUGUGCCAUUCUAACCCCACAAUGCUGUGUCUAUCAGCAGCAGGCACUGCAUUUUCAGUUUUGCAGUACUGUGAAGUGAUUAUAUUUGCAGUGCCUGAAGCCUGUGCAGUACUUGUGGUUUUUGUAUUUGCAGCUAGAAUAAAUGGCUGCCUGCACUGUGGCACUCUUUCUGCAAUACUGGAUAGGGUGGCUGAACAGUGGGCUUUAUAUUUGCAGUACUGCUCCAGACUUGCAGUAGGCUCUGGAUUUGAAUGUGCCAUGUGCACUGGGACUAUGCAGCUUGUUCUGCAUAACCUAUGCCAGUCUGAUGCAGUGCCAGUGAGCAUACAUGGUAUAUUUUGUGUUGCAGAAGUGUUGCCCUGUGCAGUAAGCUCUAUUUUCUCUGUGUUGCUUGUAACAAAGGUUGUGCAGUAGACACUGUAUUUGGAGUAUAUGUCUGUGCAGUGUUUUCUGUACCUAGUCAUGCUGCUUUCCUGUAUGCUAGAUUUGCGCUGCUACAGCACCAUGCAGUGUAUAUUUGCAAUGCAAAGAUUGUGCUUUGCUUUUUAUAAAUUUGCUGGCAAAGCUGUAGAUAGCAAACACUGUGCAGUGCAUUCCAAGGGGGUAAUGUGUAUAUUCUGUGCACUGACAUCUAUAUUUGCAUUGAGCGUAUGCUGCUUGUAUCAGAUGUUGUGCAGUGUCUUCUAGGUUUCCAGAACCUAAGCCCUGUAGACCAGGGAGGCUAUGCACUUGCAUUUGCAGUGCUAGGGCCUCCUACAGCAGGAACAAGUUCAAUGCUAUUUCCCUUUGCACUGACCCUGUAUGCCCUUUCAGAACCUUGACAAUGUGCUGCCUCCUCUAGUGGGUUCCAUUGUUAGUGUGCAGUAGGUGCCAUAUUUGCAGUAUCAGAACUUUGUCCAGCGAUGGAAAGGGGAAGGAAGAGAGAUCUGGAGCCAGCAAGUUCUGCAAACCAGGUGCACCGUGGAUUUCCUGCAUGAGUGAUGCUGUGUUAGCAGUGCGGGGCAGUGUAUUACGCUCUAGUUAUUCUUUGUACAUUGGAAGAGUGUCUGAGUUGGGAAUUCCCAUUGGAAUGUGGCUGCCUCCUAACCUGUCCUGUUGUCUCUUUCCUUUGCAGUGACUACAUCAUUAAAGAGAAGACAGUGCUGCUGCAGAAGAAGGACAACGAAGGAUUUGGCUUUGUGCUAAGAGGGGCCAAGGGUGAGAGGGGGAGUUAGCAUCACUCUUGGACACUAGGGCCACCUCUAGCUAUUGGCUGGCUGUUGAAGGAGCCCAGGUCUGCACUGCCUGCCCGCCCACCUCCAUUGCUUUCCCCUGCUUCAGAACACAUGAGCAAACUCAAAAUCAGUUAAUGAAGAUUAGUGACUACUUAACUGGCUGUGGUCAUUCUUAUAGUAGGUUGAGGAAAUGGUGGGCAUAGGGAGAGUUGAUAGGAGGCCGAUAGCCUGGGAAGAUGGGGGUUGCAGUCCUGCAACAUCUGAAUGACCAAAGUUCUCCUACUCGACCUAAGAGAAACAGUGCCAGAAGGUGCUGAAAUGGCUGAAAAUAGAUGCGAAAGGCUGGGUGCUACUACCCAUAGUGGAAAAUUUGGUUUUCCAGGAGAGAAAGCUAGGCUGGCUCUGGAUAUUUGGCUUACAUUAAGCUAGAGAGCCAGGGUGUAAGCUGUGCUAAAAAAUGGCAGGUGCUGUGGCUGACCUUCACCUUGCAGGGAUGACCUUGACGUAGAAACCUGCCCCCUAGCCCCAGAUGCGUAUGGCAGGGGCUGGUCAUGGCCUUGAGGGGGAGAAUGGUGCUUUGCACACACACAGAAACAGUGUUUGAAAUUAGCCAGGCGCUAGGCGCAUUUUGCACCUGCUUUCAAACACUUGUGACCAAGUGAAGAUGUGUGGGGACCAGGAUGGUGCCUGACAUCUCCACCAUCUGGAGGUGCGUGCCUGGGGAUUAUUGAAUCUGAAUUGUUUGCAUACACUAAUACCCCAUCCUGUAGAAUUCUAUCCGUUAUAUUUUAUCUGCACAAUUAGAAUGAAUUUAUGGAACCAAAAUGCUUUUUCUGUGCAGCCUGAGCAUGAGCACUCACCAUUAAGGAAAGAGGUUUGAAUAGGCCAAAAUAUAUGUGGACUGUGCCUGGAUCAAGUGGCUUUUCUUCUUUUAAGUUCCCAAAGCUAGCUCAAGGUUGUCAUCUGAACUAGCCAGAUGUUUAGCUAAGAAUCAAUCACAGCCAGUCCAUCAUUUGAAAAGUAAGACUUUGGAUCCAUCUUGCCCCAAAAUGGCAACUAGGCAUUCUGCGUUGGCGAUUGUAACCUUGGUUUAAGGAGCCAUUUGGCGCCUAGCUUAUAUAUCUGAGUUUCUGACACUGCUCAGAAGCACCGACUCUGUUAAACACUUCCCAAGCUCCACCGCUCGCUCCUGACUUUGGAAAACAAGGGUCUUCAGAUCUGGGAUUUGAAACGAACGGUGGUUUGUUUUCACAGAGAGGAGGUGUCACAGAAAUGCCAAGCAAAGCCAUGAUCCCCUGUGUUGCCCUCCUGCUGCCACCCCACUCGCUUGCCCACCCCAGCCUGGCAGGUGCUUAUGUAGCUCCAGGGGCGUCACUUAACACACCUCUCUCUUUACAGCGCAGACCCCAAUUGA